CUGCAUGAAAUAUCAUGGGUCCUUAAGGGGUCGAUUAUUUCUGAGGCUGGACAAUGGUUUCAAACUGGUUUUAGUUGAAGGACUGGCUAAAGACGCAGCUUCCUGCACACAGAGUCCCACGAAGUGAAGCUUCAACCAUUCAGUGCAAACGUUCAUUUCCUGUAGUGCUGACUCAGGAAGGAAAACAAGGCAGCAUGCAUACUGAGAAAAAGGAUCCGCCGUCUGCUGGGAGGGAGCUGGGAGGCUGCUAAAUCGUUAUUAUUCAGGCUAACAGAGUGAGACAGGGAUUAGCUGCACAGCUCAGGCUUAUACAAGGGACAGGAGGGCGAGGAAAGCAAGGCGAACGCAGGGCUAAGGGGUGUGCGCUUGUUGUCGAAGAGAAAUUUGACUACCAGGAACUGAACAGGAAGGAGGGUUAAAAAACACAGGUGCAGCGAGCACCUUGAAAAGUGGACUAACCAGAACCUGAUUGAAAUUCUACGUUAUCUUAAGCGGGGUAGAUUAUGAAAAGGACAGAGCAAUCCACUCGAUAGACAAUUUUAAAAUAAUAUAUUGAUCUGGCGCAGGAUCAGGGUUGUUAGAGUCUGCAGCUUUCCAUUAGCUGACUGAUAAGUUGCGACAACAAUAAAGCAGGUGGUUUUGGGUAGAGAGUUUUGGGUAUGGCUCAAGCCCCAGAAGAUUCCACCAAUCUGCCCUUCGAUGGGACGUGCGAUGCCUGUGAACCCGACGAAGCCAAAGAUGCAAUCGAAAUCUGCGAUAAUUGCGGUUUCUCGUACUGCGCAUUCCAUUCGAUAGAACACAAAGAUAGAUUUGCACAACACAGGGUUAGGGAUCCCUCGCAGCCUCCCCCACCAGCAGAUCCGUCCACGUCCACCGAGGAGCCAGGUGAUGAUAAAAAAAAAUGCGCCGUACAUAACCAAGAGCUGACGCUCUACUGCAGGGAAGACGAGAAAAUUAUAUGCGUGCUAUGCGCAGUCGCUGGAGAUCACCGACAGCAUGAACUCAUCACACUCAAUGAAGCCUAUCAAGAAAUGAAAGUAAGUUUACUCCUGGGCAGGGGGGGAAGUUACCAGUGAAAAGAAUGUGUGGCUUACCCGCUAAAUAGUGAAUUGCCCAUUGAAAGCUGAAUUGGAAAUCGUAGGCAAAAAUUGUGUUGAGAUUUUUUAUUUUUUUUUAUACAUUUACACCAUAUUUCUUUGGCCACUGAAUGUUUGAAAAUGUGGUAGUCCAAGCACCACAUGUUUAAAGGACCACUAUAGUGCCAGGAAAACAUACUCGUUUUCCUGGCACUAUAGUGCCCUGAGGGUGCCCCCACCCUCAGAGACCCCCUCCCUCCGGGCUGGAUGGCAAGGAAAGGGGUUAAACUUACCUUUAUUCCAACGUCGGGCGGGGAGCUCUCCUCCUCCUCUCCGCCUCCGAUCCUCCUCCUGGGCUGAAUGCGCAUGCGCGUCAAGAGCUGCGCGCGCAUUCAGCCGGUCUCAUAGGAAAGCAUUCAGUGAGAAGCACGCAAGCGCCUCUACCGGCUGUCGAUGAGACAGCCACUAGAGGAUUUGGAGGCUGGAUUAACCCAUUUAUAAACAUAGCAGUUUCUCUGAAACUGCUAUGUUUAUAAAAAAAAAAGGGGUUAAUCCUAGAGGGACCUGGCACCCAGACCACUUCAUUAAGCUGAAGUGGCCUGGGUGCCUAGAGUGGUCCUUUAAACAGCAGUGACGUAGGGGGGAGUAUUCACUAAGCUGUGAUUUGACAUAUGGGGACCCAAUAGUUGUCCAAAUAGAUAAGAUGGAUACGUAUUUUUUUCCAAUACAGCUAUUUCUUCUCAAAAUUUGCAUGUUAAAGGACCACUAUAGGCACCCAGAGCACUUCAGCUUAAUGAGGUGGUCUGGGUGCCAGGUCCAGCUAGGUUUAACCCUUUUUUCUAUAAACAUAGAGCACUUACAGCAAAGCAUAGCCUUCAGUUAUCAUAGGUACAAGGAUUCUCAAAGUGGGUUUUGGAUAGUGACACUCCCUCCAUUUCUCCUCCACCUCGACAGCUGGAACAUUUACUGUGGUGAAGAAUUAUAUGAAAGUUGGAAAAAAUAAACCUUUUUAUAUCCAUUGUAUUUUGUGUUAACUACUGUACUGUUACCAACUUCCCAAGAUGUUCUGUGUAUGCUGUCCUUCAUUUUCUGUGCACCCACAGUCAUGUGAUGUUUAGUAUUUGCAUUGUAUGCCAAGUUGUGCCAGCAGCCUGGCCUGACACUCUAGCCUGUUUCAACGCUCUACUACUUGUUAGGCCUUGGCAAUAUCAGUGAAGUUACAGUAACUCUUUAAACUGUUACCUUUUGAGUAUGUUAAAGAAAUUAAAAUUCUAAAGCUUUGCCUUACAAAUCGCUUAAAGGACCACUCUAGGCACCCAGACCACUUCAGCUUAAUGAAGUGGUCUGGGUGCCAGGUCCCUCUAGGAUUAACCCUUUUUUAUAUUUUUAUAAACAUAGCAGUUUCUCUGAAACUGCUAUGUUUAUAAUAGGGUUAAUCCAGCCUCUAAAGCCUCUAGUGCCUGCCGCGCAUGCGCAUUCAGCCGAAGAGGAGGCGGAGAGGAGGAGGAGAGCUCCCCGCCCGGUGCUGGAAAGAAGGUAAGAUUUAACCCUUUCCUCGCCAUCCAGCCUGGCGGGAGUGGGACCCUGAGGGUGGGGGCACCCUCAGGGCACUAUAGUGCCAGGAAAACGAGUAUGUUUUCCUGGCACUAUAGUGGUCCUUCAAAAAUAAAAAUAAAAAAGUUUCAAAAGUGCUUCUACUGUAGCCUCCACAAGACGUCUGGCAACAUUUCAGCCACUUCAUGGUUUGGGACAAAGACAAAAAUGUCGCCAGAUUACUUGUCAUAUGCACAAUAAAGGCAUUUUAAGGUAUUAUGAAAAAGGUUUAGGAAUUAAUUUAUUUUUACACUCCCUGUUUCAAAGGUGAGAUUCUUAAUCAGAACCAGCCUCUCUGCACACCUACAAAUGAGUUGGAAUCAGUUAUAUUUUACCUCUAUUCUGUAAAUAUUGUUACAGUUACUCGGCUGACAUUGACAGCAGAGAUAAACGCAUUUUCUGUAUACCUUUAUGCCAACGCAGUCAGUAACUGGCAAUGAAUGGCAAGCUGUGCCAGAGCAGAUUUGCUUAUAAUACCAGUAUACAUUUGUAUUGCUCAGUUAUUUUUUGUUUGUGUCUUAAAAGAGCACAACAAAUGUCUCUUAUUUUAAAGGAUCACUAUAGUGUCAGGAAAAUAAAUGUGUUUUCCUGACACUAUAUAAUCCUUAGGACCUCCCCACCCUCAGGGUCCCCCUCCCUUAAAAACCCUUCAGCCACUUACCUUAAUCCAGCGCCGGGCUCCCUCGGCGCUGGUGACCUUUUCUCCCCUGCCGACGUCGGCUCCUGAGUGGAGCGGAAUGCGCAUGCAUGGCAAGAGCCACGUGCGCAUUCAAACAGUCCAUAGGAAAGCAUUUCUCAAUGCUUUCCUAUGGACGUUCUCCACGCUGAAAGUGAAUUUCGCAUCCAGCGUCGCAGAAGCGCCUCUAGCGGCUGUCAGGAAGACAGUCACUAGAGGAUGGAUUAACCCUGCAAUGUAAACAUAGCAGUUUCUCUGAAACUACUAUGUUUACAUCUAAAGGGUUAAGACCUGGCACCCAGACCACUUCAUUAAGCUGAAGUGGUCUGGGUGACUAUAGUGGUCCUUUAACAUUUGCUGCAGUUAACUACCAAAGUGACAGUUUCCCUUUAAACAUUUAUUCUCUUGGCAACAGUGUUAUCCGCUGGUUACAAAUUAUGUUAUUACUGAGUUUUACAAGGUUGUAUUCCAAAGUUCCAAAGACACAGAGCAAGGUGUCGCCAGUGCUGUGAAAUAAACGAAAUGAGUUAUUUUUCAUUGUUUUAUUAGGAUAUGGGAUCUUGAAAGAAACUAUAAAAAAAAAAAAAAACAGCUCAGCUAUUCCUACUUUAUUAGUUAAGCAUCACAGAACAUUUCCAAAGGGGGAGAUUUCAUGGUCAAUCCAUGGUAUAUGGCAGAGUGAGGGGAUCUGUGCCUGUGGUAGCCCAGAUCUCUGCACAGCUCCCCCAUACAAAGCCCUGCUUUAUUAGUAACUAGAUAAUCAUCACGGGUUCUCAUCACAAGAACUGGCUGGGGGCAAAAAAUAUCUUCCCCAGGGCCAUCUGAGUAGAAAUAUCUGUUCCCAUACUCUAAACCACAGGGGUGCAACUAUGUAGCAGAACUCCCAAAACUGCAAAUAGACAAAGAGGGGCACUUUCAUUUUAAGGUCCUGCGUGGGGGUGAGGCCUGAAGUGGGGCGGUUCUGAGAAAUGUUAGGUGACUUACUAAUAACAAUUUAUAGAACUAAAAUGUAAUUUAGAACAAGAACAAUGUAUCUUAUUUAAACAGACUGAUUUCUAAACACAUUUAUUGUAGUUUAAAGACACAUCACUGGGAGUUUUAUUGCUGUGGAGCUCUGUGAUACACUCAAACAUGUUACUGGGAGCUCUGUACUCACACACCAACUGUAUGGAGCUCUUAGAACAAAGGGAUAUUCAAGUAGGACAGAUGGAGUUAAGUCCAAAAUAGGGACUGUCCACCCUAAAUAGGGACACUUGGAAGGUAUACUGUAGUUCCCCCAGUGAGUGAGAGUGAGCCUGUACCUGAUGUAGAUAAAAUGGCACCAACCUGGGCCCUUGCUUCCUCCUUGAGCAAAGCAUUUGGAAAAUGUCAUAGAGCAUAGUAAGUACAACUGACAGCUAUGCAAAGUACAGACUCUGCUCUCUGCAGGAAGAAACAGAUUCUCUUGGGAUCUAAUAGGCCUCUGGGUGACAUGCUGUGUUAGCCUGGGUAUCAUCAUUUCAGGAACUCUCUGCAUAUCACUUGGGUCCUGCCAGGCUCAACUCAGCUUGCUGUGUAAAAGACUACUGAGUACAGGUGUAGUGUCUUUAAAGAGGCAUUGUCACCCUCAGGGUACUUUGCAGAAGUUGCAACGACCCCCCCCCCCCCCAAAGAUGACAUUGCUGUUGGUGGUCGGGGGCUGGUAGAUAACUGUGGGUUCUACUUACCUGAACUUGUCCCUUGCGGGUGUGGCCAUCUUCCUCUGGCAGUCCUCUACAGCUCCGUGUUUCGACAUCGCUGUUGUACUCUCGCGAGAGUACAGCAUUGAGGUUUAUGGAGGAUCCUCUGAGACCAUAAGUAUCCUCCGUAGAUAAAAACAAUUCCCUGCAGCCGUCAUUGAUUUAACUGGGCGAAUUGACACUUCUAUACGGCGGUAGCUCCACGCAGUGUCUUACAGGGUCAGGCAUAGAAAAUAGUAGUCCCUACUUUGUCUCUUGACUGGGUUGGGAUUUAAUUCACAAAUGGAGGAUACCGGACUCACACUUAGGAAUCCAGGUGCUUAUCAGGGCCGGGGUUGGCAAAAACCCAGUUUAGUAGAUAAAAUAAAUUCGGUCCAGGCACUCAGGAUUGCUGCAGGAAGGCAGGUUUAUCGGAACAAAAAGUGCAACGUUUCAGCCUACACAGAGGCAUUUAUCAAGCUUCAUUUAAGUGAAAUUCCAACAUAUUUCAUAUAAUAUUCUAUCUUUAUGAAAUAAUUAUUUUUCAGUGGGGGGGGGAGUCGUGGGGAUGACAGACACUUUAAAGUAAAACUGAGCAGGUAAAAUUCAUUGAAGCAGGUUUCACUCUACUUCUUGCUCAAUUUGGAUCGGGUUGAUGGGUCUUUUAGGAGCUCACAGACAGGUCUGCUCUGCAUUAGUUGUCCCAUAAUUCCGGCAUGUUGCUUGGCAAUUUAAACAGCGUUACAGUUGCAAGAAAAAGUAUGUGAACCCUUUGGAAUGAUAUGAAUUUCUGCACAAAUUGGUCAUAAAAUGUGAUCUGAUCACAACAAUAGACAAUCACAGUCUGCUUAAACUAAUAACACACAAAGAAUGAAAUGUUGCCAUGUUUUUAUUGAACACACCAUGUAAACAUUCACAGUGCAGGUGGAAAAGUAUGUGAACCCUUGGAUUUAAUAACUGGUUGAACCUCCUUUGGCAGCAAUAACUUCAACCAAACGUUUCCUGUAGUUGCAGAUCAGACGUGCACAACGGUCAGGAGUAAUUCUUGACCAUUCCUCUUUAAAGAACUGUUUUUCAGUUCAGCAAUAUUCUUGGGAUGUCUGGUGUGAAUCGCUUUCUUGAGGUCAUGCCACAGCAUCUCAAUCGGGUUGAGGUCAAGACUCUGACUGGGCCACUUCAGAAGGCGUAUUUUCUUCUGUUUAAGCCAGUCUGUUGUUGAUUUACUUCUAUGCUUUGGGUCAUUGUCCUGUUGCAACACCCAUCUUCUGUUGAGCUUCAGCUGGUAGACAGAUGGCAUUAAGUUCUCCUGCAAAAUGUCUUGAUAAACUUGGGAAUUAAUUUUUCCUUUGAUGAUAGCAAUCCAUCCAGGCCCUGACGCAGCAAAGCAGCCCCAAACCAUGAUGCCCCCACCACCAUACUUCACAGUUGGGAUGAGGUUUUGAUGUUGGUGUGCUGUGCCUUUUUUUUGUCACACAUAGUGUUGUGUCUUUCUUCCAAACAACUCAACUUUGGUUUCAUCUGUCCACAGAAUAUUUUGCCAAUACUGCCGUGGAACAUCCAGGUGCUCCUGUGCAAACUGUAAACGUGCAGCAAUGUUUUUGUUUGGACAGCAGUGGCUUCUUCUGUGGUAUCCACCCAUGAAAUCCAUUCUUGUUUAGUGUUUUACGUAUUGUAGAUUCGCUAACAGGGAUGUUAGCAUUUGCCAGUGACCAGUGCCAGUAAGUCUUUAGCUGACACUCUAGGAUUCUUCUUCACCUCAUUGAGCAGUCUGCUUUGUGCUCUUGCAGUCAUCUUUACAGGAUGGCCACUCCUAGGGAGAGUAGCAGCAGUGCUGAACUUUCUCCAUUUAUAGACAAUUUGUCUUACCGUGGACUGAUGAACAGCAAGGCUUUUGGAGAUACUUUUUGUAACCCUUUCCAGCUUUAUGCAAGUCAACAAUUCUUAAUCGUAGGUCUUCUGAGAGUUCUUUUGUGCGAGGCAAUGCUUCUUGUGAAAAGCAAACCCAGAACUGGUGUGUGUUUUUAAUAGGGCAGCCGUAACCAACACCUCCAAUCUCAUCUCAUUGUUUGGACUCCAGUUGGCUGACAUCUCACUCCAAUUAGCUCUUGGAGAUGUCAUUAGUCUAGGGGUUCACAUAUUUUUUCCACCUGCACUGUGAAUGUUUACAUGGUGUGUUCAAUAAAAACAUGGCAACAUUUCAUUCUUUGUGUGUUAUUAGUUUAAGCAGACUGUGAUUGUCUAUUGUUGUGACUUAGAUGAUGAUCAGAUCACAUUUUAUGACCAAUUUGUGCAGAAAUCCAUAUCAUUCCAAAGGGUUCACAUACUUUUUUUUGCAACUGUAUUUACUAAAAUAUAUUUCGAAUUUCAGGCCAGAGUAUCUUUUACUGAAAGCGUAGCUGAUUUAGAUUACAUUUAAAUUUGAAAUUCACUUUGAAUUGUCACUUUAUAAAAAAAAAAUCCAGAAAUUCUAAGUGCAUAGACUGGGUGCCAGUUUUUGUAUGCCAGGCUGUUCCAUCGGAAUUGUGAAGGUUGAUCUAAACUGAGCAGAGAAUAAAUGUUUAAAAUGCUUACAAAACCGGUAAGGGAAGCUGUUUUUUUCCAUUGGGUAAACGUUUAAACGUGAUGCAUUUUAGUGGAAGCGAUUGUACUACAUUGAGUAUAAACCUUGGAUUUGUACUUGUUGUUAUUUUAUAUAACAGAAAUGUAUUGCAUCCUGUUUGUACGUAUAGGCUUGCACUCUAUACAAGGUUUGCUUCUGGUUGAAUUUGGCUUGUAAUCUGGAUAAAAUCCAUGAAAAAGACUGGGGAAAUAUUACUUUUUGCAGGGGGCUAACUUUGGCUUAGAGAAUACCCUAGAGCAGAAUUCAUUUUCUUUUAUUUGUUUAUAAAUAGUUUAUUAUCGGGAAAGCUGCCAAUCACUUGCAACAGCUGGUGGAGUGACCCUUUCAAACAGUGAUGUCAUCCAGUUGUUUGUUUUUACAGUAUACAUAGACAUAUGUAAAUUGCUGGGUUUUGUUGAAGGUUUGUGAGAAUGGAUCAGCAGUUAUACAUCAUGUAAUGGCAGUAAACACUGGCUUAAUUACAUCUGGUAACAAUUUACUUUAACAGACACAUUUCCCAGCACUUUCACACAUUGUUCACGCAGUUCUACAAAUGCCACUAACAGAGGUCAGAGUGCGGGCAGCAUUAUUGCAUAUUUUUACGUGACCGGCUGUGAAACUCAGGCCAUCCUGGGCUUUCCAUGCGCAGAGAACUGCAGAAAUGCCCUGAGACAGCAUUGCACUUGAAGCAGUAUAUGAUCGAUACUACUCUUAUUGGGACAUAUGUCUGAGGAGCAGAACAUCAGAGAAAAAAAACAGUGAAGUAGGGCAGAGGUUUACAAAGUGACUGUUUUGUUGAUUCUAUGACAGUUUUAAAAGGACACUAUAGUCACCAGAACAACUACAGCUUAUUGAAUUUGUUCUGGUGAGUAGACUCAUUACCUUCAGGCUUUUUGCUGUAAACAGCCUAGUGAUAACUUCACUGGCCACUCCUUAGAAGGCUGCUAGACAGGGCCAUCUUUAAUAUAACUAGGACCCUGGGCAACACCUUUCACAUACAUACUGACACUGACAGAUAUGCUGACACAGACAGACACAAACACACUUACGGGCAUACUGACACACAUACCCUGACAGGCAUACUUACACACAGACACACACACACAAAGACAUACACUGACAGACAUACUGAUAUACCCAUUGACGGGCAUACUGACACACACACAUACACUGUCAGACAUACUGAGACACACAGACAUACUGACACAUUCACACUUUUAAAUCUACUCCCUGUUUCCUACCUUGAAGGAUUGCUUCCCUGGUGUCCAGAGUGAUGGCUAAGGCUUUUGGGGGUUGCCAACUUGCAAUCCGGACCAGUCCCCCUCCUCUCUGCUUACCUGGUGUGAUCUUUCCCGCGCAGCUCUCUCUGGGAGGCAGUGACUCACGGCAGUCACUUCCUCCCAUGCUGCCAAAAAAGCAAAGGGGCCACAGCAUGCAACCGGGCCCAUGCUUACAAACGCCCACCGGGUGGCCCUUAGUGCACCGGGGGCGCAUGGUGGGUGGGGAGAAAGUUGUUGAGGGCAGCGGGGCACACGGGGAAGCUGCCUUGGGCCCCCUAGAAGUAAAAGGGCCCAGGGGAGAUGCUCCAUCUGCCCCGCCUUAAAGACAGACCUGCUGCUAGAGGUGCUUCCUGGGGCAGUGCUGCACAGUGUGACUAACAUUCAGUGUCUCCACCCUCUGCAUGGAGACACUGAACUUUCUCAUAGAGAUGCAUUGAUUAAAUUAAUCUCUGAGGAGAUGCUGAUUGGUCAGGGCAGCAUUUGGCUCCAGCACCAGCAGACUGGAAUAAAGGUAAGAUGUCACUAUAUUUAGAGGGGUAAGGGGGGCGUGAUAGUGUUUAACACGAUAGGGUCUGGAAUACAUGGUUGUGUUCCUGACCCUGUAGUGUUCUUUAAAAAAACCCUAAAGAUAAUAUUCACUUAUUUUUACUUCAAACGUAGCAAAGCAGCCCAUCACAGAUCUAGCAUUGCCAUGAGAACGAUGAUAAUAUAGAUUCAAAUGUAGCUUUAAAACUUUUAAGAUUGUUUUUUUUUUUUUUAUCUUGUCCGACUUAUAGAGCGUUCUUUGAAUUCUCUACAAAAUAUCACUUGCUAGUUUUACCUCCAGAUAGUGUCUAGUUUAGUAAACAUUGUGUGUAUUUGUCUGAGGUUUGUCAAUCGCACCAACGCCUGCAUGACAGCUCGAGGUGAUAGGGCCUGCUUAAUUUAGGUAAGGAAAUGUGAUAAGCAGCUGCAAUCGCUCUUAUUCUUACAAUGUGUUAUACAAAUCCUCUAGUAACCUGUAUGGGCGUACCUAAAAUGGAGAAUAAUCUCGUUUACUUUGGGUUAAUUAUUUCAUAAAGAAGUAUUUGGGUUUUCCUGGAACUUUGAGGAAUCCGCUUCAGUAAUAUUGCACAACACACUGAAUUCACUUACACCGUGCAGGUAAGGGGGCAGGGGACUGUUACUUUCCUGAUAGCUACAGAUCUGUUUCCUUUUUCCUCUCGCCCCAGUAGAUGCUGAUAUAGUAUACAAUUUACUGGGACUGAGUGUGUAUCAGGGUUAAGUGUAAAAUAAUUAAUAAAUAAAUCAAUCAAUUAAUAUGAGACUCAAUCUGCUGAGACAAUAAUAGGGGAGUCUGGUGCAAAUAUGGGGGGCCACCUUGAAUUAUCAAAACUAUAAAGAAACACGGACUACUUGCAUAACAAUUCGUGUGUGUGUGUGUGUGUAUAUGUGUAUAUGUAUGUGUGUGUGUAUGUGUGUGUGUGUGUGUAUAUAUAUAUAUAUAUAUAUAUAUAUACAUGUCACCUUGUGAUCAAUAAUCUCACUAAAGACUAAUUUUUUAAAUUUUUUUUGCCCAGUUACAUUUUCUACUGUGGUUUUGGGAGUGGCAAGUGUUUCUUUUGUUAUCUUUGUAUAAACCCCACUUACCUACACUACACUUUCAGGCAGUCCUAUUCCUGAGAUGUUCUGUGCACUCAUGCGCAUCAGCCAUUAUUUUUAAUUUGCAUUGGAUGCCAGGCAGUGCCAAGAAAGCCUUGCAGCUCAUGCACAUACAAAAAAAACAUAUAUUAUUAUUCAUUGAUUUGAGAAUUGUGAAGAACUGGAAAAUUGCACAUUUCUGGCCAAAAUAGCUGAACAUGAGAAAUUUUCCAUUGCCUUAAACUUUGUAGAAUUUGUAAUUAAAAUCUAAAUGUAAAAUAACCAAUGAUGUGGAAGAGUGUGUAUGACUACAGACCUGUACUCAAGACAGCGUGCAAAUAUACAUAAAUUGCACCAGCACUACUUCAGUUCAUACGAGCGUGCUUGCUUUUCCUUAUUAAGGCAUGUUUACAGACGGUGUAGUGCUUCAAUUAAGUGUCUUGACAAAGGCCAAUGUUUGGCUGAAACGUUGUCAUUUUCUGAAUACUCGAAGAAUUGCUCACUUGAACUGAAGGAGUAGAUGUAUUUGCUAACAUGUGCAUUACGCUGGGAGUGACCGUCACAGCUUAAAGUGCUUAAUGUAAUUUGAAUUUGGAGUAUGACAUGAAUAAUUUAUUGUACAGCUCUGCAGAAUAUGUUGGUGCUAUAUAAGCAAUAAUACCAGUUUGUGUCAGAUCUGGAACUUGUGUUCAAUUGACGUUGCUAUCUCUUUUUAACCCCUCGGUGCUCACUGAACAUUAAUUCCUGUUGCCUGUUGUCCCUUUAAUUGUGUAGUAACUUUUCCCCUCCCUCUCCUAGAAUAGAAAGCCUGUUGACCUGAAGCUUGCUAUGGGUGAAAUGGUCGAGAAGUUGAAGGGGAAGUGUGCUGACCACAGAGUAAGUGAGCAUUUUCCCAUGUCCUGGGAACAACCUGCAUUAACCCUUUCUUUCACAGCUCCAGUUCAUGCCAAACCUCACCGUCCCAUCCAACCACAUUACACCAAACUUUGUCUCAAACGUUUACCGCUUCUCGGGAAUUAUUUCAUCAAUGAAUUAUUUUGCUUUUGUUGUCUGAGAUUCCACAAAAUAUCUUUUCAGUUUGUUCUCACACUGCCGGCGUCCUUUUGUCAGUAUUUAAUGGGUUCAGUGGGGCAUCUUUAAUGCUGUCGCUAAGAAACAGUAGAAUCUCCCUUUCUGCAGAUAGAAUUUCCACCGUGCCGAGAACGGGACCAAGCUGGGACAUGUAGCAGUAUUCUGACAUUCAGACUAGAUUAGUAACAGAACUUAUUUAUCAGGACAGUUAUAGCUGUCUUUGAUGCUUUAAGGCUGGCAAAGCAGCAUGGGAUUUGUAGUUUUACAACACCUGACAUGUUUUGGCCACCCAAGAAGCAUUCAGGAUUGCCACAUUUCUACAUAAGCCAUGUAAGUAACAUAACCAGUAAAGCUUGCUUCAAGACAGCUUUUCAUUGAUCUGGGCCAUACCUAAACACUCCAGGCAACAUAACUACUACACCAACCAAGCUAUAGAGCUAUUACUGCUUAGCGUGUCCCUUUAAAAAAAAAAGUAAAACACUUUGUUGUCCUGGGUACAAUGUCUCUCUGUCUAUCUGUCUAUCUAUCAUUGAGAUUGAAUGGAAUUACUGGUAGGAGAGACCAAACUGUUAGAGCAUUAACUAAUAACUGCUAUUUACUUAUUCCUAUACAUAACAGAUAUGUUUGUGUGUGGUGUAAUAUAAAAUAUUAUUCCUGAUAUGGAAUGUUUAUUGGAGCAGUGAUUGUUGUAUCAUAUUUCAUUUAUCGUUGUAUGAUAAUCUUACCCCAGUAAUUCAUGUACAGUAAAACCUGUUCAUGAAUCCCAUCGGAGACACCUGGAUUGACCCUAUGUAAUCACUGUAGCAGUUUAUACCCUCCUCACACACAUUACAAGCUGGGUAGAAGAAUAAAGUCUCACUGAGUAAAUAUUGUUAUUCACAAAUGCUAAAAUGUAUUCAAUGCGUUUGUUUUAUUACAGUAACCCUUUACCUCCAUAGACCUAGUGUAAACAACUGGCUUUAUUGUGUUUGCAUCGCAAAGCAAUAUAAAUUAAGAUUUAACACGUUAUGCACAAUUUAUUAUUCCCUCCACUCAAACUCCUGGAGAAUUUGUUGUCUUCACUAAAAAUGUCUCAGGAGUGGCUCUGGCGAUUCCCCUUGUUACAGAGGGAUUGCAAUAGUCCUCCAGAGGGAUUGCAAUUCACUUUCCUUACUGGUCAAAACAUAUAUAGCUCAAUGUAUCAUUGGCUAAAGUAUACUGCUUGGAGGAAAAAAGAAAGCUCUGUCUAGUACAGGUGCCUGGUUUAACCAGGCAACUUUUUAUACUGUCUCUAUACGGUUUUAGUAUUACGCCAGAUAAAGGCAAUUUUUUAGGACCCUAGGUACAUUUUUGGGAAGCUACGUCUCUGAAAAUACUAUUAAGUUACUUCAAAUACUAAUAAGCAGGGUAUUUGGCCAUUGUGUUUAUUUCGGUUACACCUACUAUAUGUGACAAAAAUAGUAUUUCUGCUUCUAUUCCAACAUUCCAAGCUCUGUGGCAAGAUAACGGAGCAUUGUAGUGUUUAUGGUGCCAGGAGUUCCCUUGCACUCAUCCAUUUUGCAGAAGGUCUUGAUGGUAAGGUAUGUCUUUUUGCUGAUGAUACUAAGAUAUGUAACAGGGUUGAUGUUCCAGGAGGGAUAAGCCAAAUGGCAAAUGAUUUAGGUAAACUAGAAAAAUGGUCAGAAUUAUGGCAACUGACAUUUAAUGUGGAUAAGUGGAAGAUAAUGCAUCUUGGACGUAAAAACCCAAGGGCAGAGUACAGAAUAUUUGAUCGAGUCCUAAACUCAACAUAUGAGGAAAGGGAUUUAGGGGUGAUUAUUUCUGAUGACUUAAAGGUAGGCAGACAAUGUAAUAGAGCAGCAGGAAAUGCUAGCAGAAUGCUUGGUUGUAUAGGGAGAGGUAUAAGCAGUAGAAAAAGGGAAGUGCUCAUGCCAUUGUACAGAACACUGGUGAGACCUCACUUGGAGUAUUGUACACAAUACUGGAGACCGUAUCUUCAGAAGGAUAUUGAUACCUUAGAGAGGGUUCAGAGAAGGGCUACUAAACUGGUUCAUGGAUUGCGGGAUAAAACUUACCAGGAAAGGUUAAAGGAUCUUAACAUGUAUAGCUUGGAGGAAAGACGAGACAGGGGGGAUAUGAUAAACAUUUAAAUAUAUAAAGGGAAUCAACACAGUAAAGGAGGAGACUAUAUUUAAAAGAAGAAAAACUACCACAACAAGAGGACAUAGUCUUAAAUUAGAGGGACAAAGGUUUAAAAAUAAUAUCAGGAAGUAUUACUUUACUGAGGGUAGUGGAUGCAUGGAAUAGCCUUCCAGCUGAAGUGGUAGAGGUUAACACAGUAAAGGAGUUUAAGCAUGCAUGGGAUAGGCAUAAGGCUAUCCUAACUAUAAGAUAAGGCUAGGGACUAAUGAAAGUAUUUAGAAAAUUGGGCAGACUAGAUGGGCCGAAUGGUUCUUAUCUGACGUCACAUUCUAUGUUUCUAUGUUUCUAUUUUAAGUUUUAGAAUUUUUUGACUUCUUUGCUCGGGACCACUGGGCGCCUCUCCCUGUUCCCACUACAGCCUUCAGAGAGCCGGAAACUCUCUCUCAUCUAAGCCACGACUUGACUGCUUAAAAAGUGGGGUGCCGGGACACUUCUGACACCAUAACCACUACAGCAAAAUACCCCUUAAUCAGCAUCCCACUCUACACGUGAUACCUUUUUAAGAGCAUUAUAAUUACUAAAGCCUGCUGUAGCGGUUGCGGUGCCAGGAGUACACUCACCCAGACUUCAGAUACCAUGACCACUUCAAAUCACUGAAAGUGGACAUGGUGUUUUACAAUGCGCUACUAAUGCUCUGUUUUCAACGUGACAUUAUUAGAUGGCUGCAUGAGUCACUGACGGUCAGGUUGUGCAUGCUUAGUGAGGGUUUAAGGCUGAUUAAAUGUGUUUGUAGAGGCUGAGAGCAGGAUAGAUCAGUCAGAUUAGACCAGGUUGGCCUUGAUUCAGGGAAGACUGUACGUCUACACGAUAUUUGUAUUUUAUUUAUUUCUCACUAGACAUCAGCGCAGUGCAUUGAUUGCCCCCAAAUGACACGUACACCAUCCCAUAAUGCAUGGCGCUCAUGUCAUGGGAGACGACUAAUAAUAAAGCUGCUCGCAUUUACUUUGUCCUAGCGGAGUGCCUUUUUAAUCACCUUUAUGGAUGCUACUCAAGCAUAUACAGUAAGGUAAGCAGAUUUCAGGUUUCUAAUAAGAAAAUGGACUGUAUAGAUUAGCACUGACUUUAAUUCAGUCCUGUUCUAUACUUCUGAAUAACAAUCGCACCUUAGAGGCACAUUGCAAGCUCUAGAACUGAUUAUCGCGCAUGCACUUACUCUGUACUGGGCUCCCUUAAAAUAAACCUUGCGAUUACAGCUACAUUUAUCAGGAAGCUGGCAACAGCCACGGUAAAGGUACUAUCAGGGAACAUCUAUGGGGGUUAAGAUAAAAGAGAGCGAGAGGAAAAGGAAAGAGGUAAAGAACAAGAGGUGGGGGAUGGAGUGAGGUAGGGGGAGGGAGGAGAUGGGUGAUGAAGUGACCCCCUCGAUAUCGUACCCUGCUUCCACUGUACAUAUUGUAGCGGGAUCAUUUAGGUUUGAAAUGUGAAUUUAAGGAGCCAGGAAUCCCACAUUUUGUUAGUGUUUUGUAGUGUAAUGGAUAGCGCGGAUAGUCUGUCCAUGUUCCUAGUAUUAGUUCCUUUACGUUUUACUGUUUCCACAAAGGGGAUGUCCGGGCUUCCCCAUUUCUCAGAAAUUGCUCUCCUAAUGGCUAGUGCUAUUUUGGCAAGUAACUUGUUUUGGGCUCGUGGGAUGUCCUUGAGAGGCUUGGAAAGGAGCCAGAUCCACGGGUCAAGUGGGAUGUCGAGACGUAGAAUGUGUUUUUUUUUUAAAAAUUUUUUAUUUUCUUUACCUUUUUUUUAAAGCAUGAAUGAGAACAAAAUUGCCGUUAACCCCAGCCUUGAAUGCCCCUUUAAAUGUAAUAAAAGGACACCCUACCUAAUCUGCAUAGUAUGCAGACCUAAGAGUGAAUUCUCGCUCUCUAUUCUGCAGGAGCUACAUCCCCAGACUGUACAAUAAAUUGUUUAUAUGGAAGGCACUGAAUGGUAAAAUUAAAAAAAAAAAGUACCAAUGUAAUCGCUUAGCAAUUCAGCACUGCUUUCAGAUGCAGAGAAAUUCCUUCUAAACUGGUUUUAUUGAUUGGUGCUCUCUGAAUGCAUGACUUUAAGAGAAUUGUUAUUUUUCUGUUGAAGUGCUAAAAGCAGAUAAAAGAUAAGCAGUUGGGUCGGUUAUCUGAAGCUCUAUCGGGAUUGAUCCAGAAAGGGCUUACUACCAAGACUUCUCUAUUUAAGAUGUGCCAUCCAUUCUCCUAGAUCUGCUUUUAUAUGUAUGAAUAAAUGGCACUUAGGGUUAACCGACCACCUAUAUUUUCAAUCAUAAAUAAAACCUCUUUUAUGUUGUUGGCAAUUGUUUAUGUAUUUAUUGUUUUCUUUCAAAUUCUUUCUUUCUUCCUUUUUUAACUGUUUUAAGUAUCUUGGAAAAAUACAUUCAUAUAUUUAUUAAAAAAAAUACACCAAGGAUAAAAGUGUGUGAUAAAGUAUUGGAAAUAUAAUCAAAUGUUAUUGCCAUUAUAUGAAUCAUAUGUGAAAUAUAUUGCACUUUAUCAAUAAAAUAAUGGUUAUGGCCUUUCAAAUGAUUUUACAUUUUUGCAAAAACUUAAAAAAAUUAUUUCAAAAUAUUUAAAUAUCAAAAAAUAUAUACAUAAAAAUAUUAAGAUCAAUAUAUAAAAAUAUUAAAAAAACAAGUUAAAUCUUUCUAAAAGUUUAUCAAAAAAAUAUUAAAUGUAGACCUAUGUCUAUGUGAAGUUUUGAAUUGUUCUUUCCUAUUUAAAGAACACACAAAUAAGCUGUCAACUUUUAUUAACAUAAAUAUUUACAAGUACAUUACAAUUGAGACUCAUAUGACCUCAGCUGAUCUUUGGAAUGUGACCUUCUAGAUAUUGCCCAACUACAAUUUCCAUGAUUCUCUCGUCAUCUAUUGCAUUCCAAGAAUUCUGGGAGUUGUGUGCCAUUAACAUCUGGCAGGCUAGCGUUUAAUAUCCCUGUUUUAAAAUGUACCCAUGUAAUCUCUUAUGUUAGAGAUACAUUUUAACCGUGUGCUCAUUAUGCAUCAAUGGAAGCACUAUGGAAAUGGCCUAAUAAUCUGACCUCAAAAAUGGGUGAGAUGUGAGUGAUUGUUUUAAAAAACUGUAUUUUUGAUAUUCUGCUUUAUGGACCUUAAAUGUUAAAAUCCCUGUUCUCUGGUAUCUCUUAGGUAUCCCGCAGCGAGAUGAAGUGCUUCAUACAGAAGGAGUUUGAUCACAUGCGGCAACUAGUACAAGAUGAAGAGAAAAGGGCCCUACACUUUGUAGAUCUCCAGGAAGCUGUAGCCUCGGCUCAUGUAACAGAAGUUCUUGCCGAACUUAAUGUCCAUAUGGGCAAACUGAUGAUAGAGAUGUCCGAGAUCACCCGGCAGCUAAAUAGUUUCAACCAGAUGGUGAACGAGAAAUCGGAGGUAAUUUGAUUACAAAAAUGAUCCUGUACUCAAAGGGGUUCCUGAGAUUAAGGAGCACAGAUUCUCCAGAUAACACAACUAGAAAUGUACAUGUUCUAACACAUUUGCCUUAAGCCAUGAAUCUAAGAUUAUUCACACCAUAAUAAUAAUAAUUAAAGAAAAUGUUAAUUAAUGAAACAGUAGAAUCAGAAGUUCAGUGAAGCGUUAAUGUCACAUCUGUCCUUUCCAUGGCUCUAAUUGUUAUGCCAACCACCUUAACCCCUUAAGGACACAUGACAUGUGUGACAUGUCAUGAUUCCCUUUUAUUCCAGAAGUUUGGUCCUUAAGGGGUUAAAGAACAGCAGAUGACUAUCACUUGUAGCAAAUCAGCUGAUGUAAGUCAUCCUCAUUGAAUUGCAUGAGAGUAAAUUGAUAUUUUGUUUCUAAUUAGUCGCUGUGCUAAAGGAUGUCUUUGUCACGUGCCACCAAUGUUCUGCCUAUACCACUGUAAACAUUUCAGUGAGACUUAACAAGUGAAACUCUGUAAUAUGUACAAAAACAGCAGACAUGUGAGUAUCAGGUCUUUAGUUUUAAUCUGAUUGUCUGGCUUAAAUAUGUAUGUUUAUGUAUCAUGGGGUUGGGCACCAUGAAAUGUCCUUCGCGAAUGCCACAGAGAGUAUCACUGCUGCGUAUUUGUCACAAAAGGCUGAUGCGGUCUAUUGAGGGUGGGUGAUGUGGAUGAAGGAAUGGUGCCCUUAAUGGGUGACUCUGUGAGCUAUGAAACAAUAUUCAAAGUCUAGAUACACUUUUCACAGUAUGAGAGAGAUCUAAUUUGUCAGCUGGUGUUUUGGUGUGCUGGUAUUAUUUUGUCGCUGUUUUAAUGGGUACUGUGUUUUAAUGGGUACUGUUUUAUUGGGUACUGUGUUUAUCACUUUGGUUACUAAGAAGUUUUUGAUAGGUUUUUCUAUUACACUUAUUAACAGGUGUUUGGGUCGUGUGUCUGUGAAUUGUGGCGGUUACUAGAGGGUUUGAUGGGUGCUACAUCUGUUGAUUAUUGUAGCUACGGGGGGGGGGUUUGAUCUGCGCUGUGUCUGUGGAUUACAGUUGUUAUUUACAGUAUUGGGUGCUAUGUCUUUUUGCUUUUAUGUUUUGUUUUUUUUGCACGGUACUGUAUUAUUUAAGUGCUAUACUGAGCGGUAUGAGUGUUAAUUAUUUGAUGCAUGUCAACCUCAAAGGCUAGCACGGGCCACAUAAACAAGUGUAUACUAAACUAUACUAUACUAAAUCCCAGUCCCCCCCCCCCCCCCCUUUCCCUACUAAAUCCCAGCACCCCCCUCUACUAAACCUUCCUUUUGGAGCUGGUGUGGGCCCUCUUCUCUCGUGAGCGGAGUCUUCCUACUCCUCACUGCUCCCUCAUGCGCACAGUUUUGUGAUGCCAGGUGCCGAGAUAUGACGUCCUAUUCCGGCAUCACUACAGAGGGCGUGCGCUUGGAAGCCGUGAAGAGUAGGAAGACUGAGCUCCCUUGCUACCGCCAGGGACCUCUCCUCCGGCCUGUACCAGGUAAAUUUGAGCAGAGUAGGCACCUGCAAUGUAAGGAGAGCAGGUGCCUACCCUGCCUUAGUAAUCAUGGCAAACUCGCGGCUCACCGGGCCACCAAUAUAUUCAUUGUGGGCUGCAUCCGGCCUGCGGGCCACGAGUUUGACAUGCUUGUUGUAGGCUGUUGGUGACGGGAUCUAUUGAUUGAAAACGUUACUCACUAAAAUGAGAACUGUGAGCAAUUUAAACUGAAUUCAAAGUGAAUUUUUUCCCUGCUUGUAUUUUAUUUAAAGAAUUAAAGUUUUGGGAGGUUUAUUAGGAGUCUGUAGAACAAAGUUGUUUGCUGACUUUAUUUUAUAUAUUUUUUUAUUUCUGCAGGAUCCCGAAGAAGAAUCCAGGUAAGUUUAUAAACAUUCUACUGUAUUUCUACUGUGACUGUACAAUUCUUGCAAGCCCUGUUAGUCGAUUCAUGUGGAUUCAAUGUGUUCUCUCAUGCUAUUUCUAUUUAAUGUCUACUGUGAUUUUCUGUUUUGUGAUUGCACAAUUAUCUAAACCAUGCUUUCUUAAAAAGAUGCAUUUUUGAUGCAGAUAUUCUAACAAGCGUUGUCAGGCCUGACAUUUUUUUUUUUUCCCAUGGCAAUGGACAACACAGGAAAAGAGCUGCCCUGCAGUAUAUAGAAUUUCUAUCCUACAGGAUUGAAAUCAAUAAAUUAAUAAAGGGUAAGAUGGGUAUCAAAGAACUUCAUUGUCUUAUUUAACGGAUUUUCUGCCUGCGGGGUUUUGAUGUACCUGCAGGGCAUCACUUUUCCUGCACUGCCUGCCAAUCAGCAUGUAGCAUGUGAUCUGUCCUGUAAAACAUGUGCGUCUGGCAAACCUAAUUCUAACUGGUAAAUUUUGUAACAAAUUUUAAAAUCUACCAAAUCAAGUAUAACAGGAAUAAAAUACAUACAAUAUUAAUUCUUACAUUGUUCACGGCCUCAAAAGGUAACUUUAGCUCAGUUUAGCAAUAUCUACAAACUAUUUCCAAUAUUUGUUUCUAAAUGCAGAUUAUAAAAAAAUACUUCUUUGUGUGUUCUGUAUCCAUUUUAUAAAGUCCCAUCACACACCUGCCCAUGUGUGUGUGUGUGUGUGUGUGUGUGUGUUUUAAAAGGCACUGUAUUUCAUCUAACGCUAGAUGAAUAUAGGUUUCUACGUCUGAGGUUUAACAUUAUUUUUAGAUUGCACUAAGACCAAAACAUCUUGUUCAUACAGUAUCUAUUAAACACAUCUGUGCUGAUCUACUCCAGACACCGUGGCCUAUAACCACACUUAACCCCAGAUCUGCCAAUUCACUAAAUUUAUUUGCAAACAUUGCAUUCUAGAGGUAGACGGUAACUUUGCAGUUUGUUCAGAAUAUUAUUUGUGAAGCGUAACAAAAAUGACCCACAUGUUUGUUUGGUUUUUUUGUAUCGGCAGAUUUAAAUGUAUUCACUUUCUUAUGUACGUGCCUGGCUUGUUAGUUAAUAUAUUUGUAAUAUCUUGCGCAGGUUCUCUGUGUAAUAAGAUUACAUGACCUCUGCUGUAUAAUAGUUAACCAACCCCCAGUGUUUACAACCUGUCUUGGCUAUCUAAGGCUGGAUGUUUUGGGCAAAUUGUCACGAUUCGGGGAACCAAACACGCCAACACACACACACACACAAAGUGCCGUACCGGACCUUAGAGUGGCCGGGCUAAGCACACAAAGAAUAGUCAGGAAACAAGCCGAGUAAGGGGAACCAGAAGACAGAAUAACGUGAAACAAGCCGAGGUCAAAGGUUAGGAGAAAGUCACAGAGUCGGAUAACAAGCCAGAGAGUACGUAACCAGAAGCACAAGUUCAGAAUCAAUACUAACAAGCAAAGACCACAACAGGGCGAAGAGGAACAGGAAAGGUAAGUAUAUAAAUCCAAAGGUUAAUUCUGAUUGGAUAAUUUCCAAUCAGAAUUAACAAUCACACGUGGGAGAUAUCUAAACCUCCCACUGUGAUUGAGGCACUGUGCCUUUAACGCCGGGUCAGGUGACUGACCCCGGCGUUUGUUUAAAAUGGGCGGUCUCCCAGCGUGCAGCGUCAUGCAUGCUGCCGCUGGGGGACACAGAGGAAGAGGCGGACGGCACCCGUGGGAGAGAGGAUGCCGCCCGCCGAGCGCAUCUGGAAGGGGACCGCGGACGGCUGGAGGGUGAGUGCCGCGAGCGGACUGCAGCCUCCCCUCGCAGCCGCCCGCGGGACCCUGACAGUACCCCCCCUCGAAGACCGCCCAGAGGGCGGGAAGCAGAAGGCUUCAAAGGAAACCGGGCAUGAAAGGAGCGGACUAAAGAGGGGGCGUGCAAAUCAGAGCUCGAAACCCAAGACCGCUCCUCAGGGCCGUAACCCUUCCAAUCCACCAGGUAUUGCAGCCGACCCCUAGAAACACGAGAGUCGAGAAGGGCAGCUACUUCGAACACGUCACUAGAGACAGUACGAGGGGAAACGGGCCGUCCGAGAGGACGAGAGAACCGGUUACACAGCAAGGGCUUCAAAAGCGAAACGUGAAACGUGUGCGGAAUACGCAUGGAAGGAGGCAAGUCCAGGGAGUAGGAAACGGGGUUAAUCCUACGUAACACUUUGUAGGGACCAAGAAACCUGGGAGCAAACUUCAUGGAGGGGACCCUGAGACGGAGGUUCUUGGAGGACAACCACACCCUAUCACCCGGAGUAUAAGAAGGGGUCGCACCCCUAUGGCGAUCAGCGAACUUCUUCUGAGCAGCUGCUGAACGAGACAGCGCAAUAUGGACCUGAUCCCACGUCUUCCGUAAAGAGGCGAGGUGCUGGUCCAAGGCGGGCAUUCCCUUGUCAGAGAACGCUCCGGGAAGGACAGAAGGCCGAAACCCAUAAGCAACCUCAAAAGGACUUAAGCCAGUAGACGAAUGAGACACCGCAUUCCUGGCAAAUUCAGCCCACGGAAGAAGGCGAGACCAGUCGUCCUGGUGCGCAUUAGUGAAGCAGCGCAAAUACAAUUCCACAGACUGAUUAGCACGUUCGGCUGCACCAUUAGAUUGCGGGUGAUAGGAGGAAGUGAACGACAAGGAGACCCCCAUCUCAGCACAAAAGCCCCUCCAAAACCGAGAGACAAAUUGCGGGCCCCUGUCAGAAACAAUAUCCUGAGGUACCCCAUGCAAUCGGAACACUUCCUUGGCAAACACCUGGGCAAGCUGAAUCGCAGAGGGUAGUUUCUUAAGUGGAAUAAAGUGGGCCAUUUUAGAGAACCUAUCCGUCACAGUUAAUAUCACCGUCUGACCAUCAGAAGGAGGAAGGUCCACAAUAAAAUCCAUGGACAAGUGGGUCCAUGGUUUCUUGGGUAUAGAUAGAGGCAUCAGUAGGCCUUGGGGUCUCAUAUUAGGAGACUUACACUGCGUACAGACCCGACAAGCCUGAACAAAAUCCACUACGUCUCGCUUGAGUGAAGGCCACCAGAACUGUUGAAGGAGGCUCUUAUAAGUCUUGGUAACCCCCGGAUGACCAGCAGUUUUGGCGGUGUGAAAUAAUGUUAACAACUUUUUUCUGUCACUUACUUUCACGUAUAGUUUACCAACAGGCAUCUCCUGAGGCGCUUGGGUUUGGUAUGUCUUAAUAUUCUCAAGGAAGGGAGAUGAAACAACCAAACGGGUAGCAGCUAUGAUCUGAGAAGCUGGUACAAUAGGUUCAGGGGUUGGGUUAACAAAUUCUGAAGGUUCAUACUGUCGAGAGAUAGCGUCAGCUUUGGCAUUAUGGCAACCAGGUCUAUAGGUAAUAAUGUAUUGGAAUCGCGAAAGGAAUAGAGACCAUCUAGCCUGUCGGGCGGACAACCUUCUAGCAUCGGUUAUAUAGGAGAGGUUCUUAUGAUCUGUCAGAACCAUAAUUUUGUGUCUAGAACCCUCUAAUAAGUACCUCCAUUCCUUAAAAGCUAACACAAUAGCUAAGAGUUCUCUGUUCCCAACAUCGUAAUUCUUUUCUGGAUCAGACAACCUUUUAGAAAAGAAACAACAGGGAUGGAGGGGUUCGUCAUACGAUAACCUUUGUGAUAGUACUGCUCCCACCCCCGAUUCAGAAGCAUCUACUUCCAUAACAAAGGGAAGAGAAGGAUUAGGGUGGUGUAGUACUGGAGCAGAGGCAAAUGCUUUCUUGAGAGUUUCAAAGGCUUUAAGGGCUUCAGGAGUCCAAACCCUAGGGUGUAGACCUUUUUUAGUCAGCUUUGUGAUAGGAGAGAUAAGUGGUGAGAAGUUUUUUAUAAAUUUUCUAUAAUAGUUAGCAAAACCUAUAAAACGCUGGAUAGCCUUAAGUCCUUGGGGAAGUGGCCAGGACAGUAUAGCUUCCAAUUUAGCAGGAUCCAUACUAAAACCCUGUUCAGAAAUUAUAUAUCCCAGGAAUUGCACAGAGGUCUGAUCGAACAGACAUUUUUCUAACUUACAAUAAAGUCCGUUCUGUAAUAAUUUUUUAAGCACCAUCCUAACAUGUUUAUGAUGUGACUUCAAAUCAGGAGAAUAUACAAGUAUGUCGUCAAGGUACACCACGGCACAGACAUGCAAUAGAUCCCUAAGGACAUCGUUUAUGAGAUCCUGAAACACAGCAGGAGCAUUACACAGUCCAAAAGGCAUGACCAGGUAUUCAUAAUGCCCACUACGCGUAUUGAACGCUGUCUUCCACUCAUCAUUCUCCUUUAUACGGAUAAGGUUAUAAGCUCCCCUGAGGUCUAGUUUAGUAAAGUACUUAGAACCUUUAACGCGGUCAAACAACUCAGUGAUGAGGGGGAUAGGGUAGGCGUUUUUAACCGUUAUAUUGUUCAGACCCCUGUAGUCUAUACACGGCCUCAAAUCGCCCUCCUUCUUUGCCACAAAAAAGAAACCAGCACCAGCAGGAGAGGAGGACCUUCUAAUAAAACCUUUCCUUAAGGAUUCUCGUAUGUACUCCUCCAUGACCUGGUUUUCUUUCUCAGAAAGAGGGUAGACCUUACCCCUAGGGGGCAUAGUGCCCGGUAAAAGGUUUAUGGCACAGUCAUAGUCACGAUGUGGAGGUAGCUUAUCUGCCUCCCUCUUUUCAAAAACCAAUGCAAGAUCAGCAUAUACAGAAGGGACAGAAACAGAGAGUGGUUUAGCCGUGGGCACGUUGAGUAAACAAACAGGACGUACCUGAGCCAUACAGUCUCGUUGACAGGAUUCCCCCCAGGAUAGUAUAUCCAAGCAACCCCAAUCGAGAACAGGGUUGUGUUUCACUAACCAGGGAAAACCCAGAACGAUGGAAGCAGUAGGGGAGUCAAUUAUUUGGAAGGUUAACCUUUCCUUAUGCAAAACACCUACAGACAUCACUAUUUCUUGGGUCUCAUGGGUCACCAGAGGUUUCUCAAGUGGUCUACCAUCUAUGGCCUCAACGACCAAGGGUGUGGCCUUUUGGAUCAAAGUUAAGGCUGCGGUUUUAGCAAAGUUCUCAUCCAUAAGGUUGUCUGCCGCACCUGAAUCGAUCAAGGCUUUGGUGGUUAUGGUGGUUUUAUUGACCAAAAGAGAAACCGUAAUAAACGGUCUGGAGAUGGACACAUGAGGGGACAAAGUCAUAACACCCGAGGCCGACCCCUCUCUAGGCCUUAGGUGCUGUAGUUUCCCUGUAACUUAGGGCAGGCAUUACAGUGGUGCCCCCUCUUUCCACAAUAAAGGCAUAACCCCUCCCUUCUACGAUAUGCUCUUUCAGCCUCAGUUAGCCCCGUAGCACCCAAUUGCAUGGGUUCGGGGGUUGGUUGACUAGGAGCGGGUAGUGCUAGUAAAGCAGUAGAGGGGGAGCAGGUAAUGCCCGUGUAUCCAUCCGUCUUUGACUACGCCUCUCUCUUAUACGGUUAUCAAUAAGAAUGACAUAAUCUAUGACAUCAUCUAGAAGAACAGGCAAUUCCCUGGAUGCUAUUUCAUCCAGUAUGUAGGCGGCCAAACCCUCCUGAAAGGCUGUUACGAGGGCAUCAUUAUUCCAAACCACUUCAGCUGCUAGCGUGCGGAAUUCGAUAGUAUAAUCCGCUACAGAUCUAUUACCCUGUCGUACCCUAAGCAGAGCUUUGCCAGCAGAGGCAACCCUACCGGGUUGAUCAAACGUACGUUUGAAAGCUGUCAAGAACUCUACAAAGGACAUAGGAGAUGUAUUCUCCCACAUGGGGUUAGCCCAUGCUAAAGCUUUCCCGGACAGGUGGUUAAUCAAAAAGGCAAUUUUGGAUCUGUCAGUGGGAUAGGAACGUGGAUUCAUCACCAAAUGGAUGUCAAUUUGGUUAAGGAAACCACGACACAAUGCUGGGUCACCGCUGUAGCGUUGUGGCGGUGUCAUGUGAACAACAUGAGCAGGAACGGGUACCGGAGUGGGAAUGGGUUCGGGCACAGCAGCAGCAGCCUCCUGGACGGCAGGUUGCAAGUGUGCAGUACGAGCCAGUAUGGUUUGUAAAGCUUGGGCAAACUGGUCCAUACGGUGGUCCAAGCCAUCCAUUCUAGCCUCCUGAUUAACUAGGAGCUGUGGUAUGUCAGCAGGUUCCAUUAUGGCCCUGUUGUAAUGUCACGAUUCGGGGAACCAAACACGCCAACACACACACACACACACAAAGUGCCGUACCGGACCUUAGAGUGGCGGGGCUAAGCACACAAAGAAUAGUCAGGAACAAGCCGAGUAAGGGGAACCAGAAGACAGAGUAACGUGAAACAAGCCGAGGUCAAAGGGUAGGAGAAAGUCACAGAGUCGGAUAACAAGCCAGAGAGUACGUAACCAGAAGCACAAGUUCAGAAUCAAUACUAACAAGCAAAGACCACAACAGGGCGAAGAGGAACAGGAAAGGUAAGUAUAUAAAUCCAAAGGUUAAUUCUGAUUGGAUAAUUUCCAAUCAGAAUUAACAAUCACACGUGGGAGAUAUCUAAACCUCCCACUGUGAUUGAGGCACUGUGCCUUUAACGCCGGGUCAGGUGACUGACCCCGGCGUUGGUUAAAGUGGGCGGUCUCCCAGCGUGCAGCGUCAUGCAUGCUGCCGCUGGGAGACACAGAGGAAGAGGCGGACGGCACCCGUGGGAGAGAGGGUGCCGCCCGCCGAGCACACGGCUGAAGGGGGACCGCGGACGGCUGGAGGGUGAGUGCCGCGAGCGGACUGCAACCUCCCCUCGCAGCCGCCCGCGGGACCCUGACACAAAUAGAGCUAGAUUCUAUUAGAUUAAAUAAGUUAUGCCUUUUAAAUGGCAUUUCUCCCAUAUGAGAAAAUGCUAUUCAAUUACAAUCUUUGCUAUUAAUUAUUCAAAAUGCUAUUCAAAUAAGCUUACCUCAUCUGAUAUAAUCUAUCACUUAAUAUGGAUGUGGGUCUAUGCAUUAUUUGAGCAAUAGGUAGAGGUACUGGGGUCUAGGUGUCGAGUCCCCAAUUUAUGUUUAACUGCUCAAAGCAUAUAUUGAUGGAAAAUUAAGGAAUGGCACCGAAAUACACAUUUCACCAUAACCAUUGCAUUAAGGUGAAUAGGAAAUAACCUGGUUAAAUGAAAAGCUAUAUCCGAAUGAAUGAGUUUAUUCUCGAGAUGAAUGGGAAGAUUUUUUUAAAAAAUAUUUAAGGUUCCCUAGUUAAAUGAGAUUCUGUAGAUGGAUGGGAGGUUUUUGGGAUGAAUCAUCAGUAGAGAUGUUGCGAACUGUUCGCGAACUUCCCGCGAACGGCUCGCCGCGGUUCGCCACGAACCGUUCACGGCGAGCUCCGGUCAGCUGACACAUCCCGGCCAAUCUCCAGCAGACCCUCCCUCCCAGACCCUCCCAGGGUCUGCUGGAGAUUGGCCGGGAUGUGUCAGCUGACCGGAGCUCGCCACGAACGGUUCGCGGCAAGCCGUUCGCGGGAUGUUUGCGAACGGUUCGCGACAUCUCUAAUCAUCAGUGCUUGAGAUCAAACAAUCUGAAACCAACGAUUUUAUAGUUCAUAUGCAUUGGGUGAGGUAUGCUUUUGAGAUUUUACUCAUUAGAAUACCUUGAAAACAAUCCUAGGUUGAGUAGAGAUGUCCCAAUGUCUGAUAUCUUGAUGUCUAGACCGGUGUGGUUUGACACCGUAGCAUUGUGAACAAAUAUCAAGUCUUUGCAUAGACUUAUCGAUGCUUUAUAAAAAAUGAAUAUUUAAACCAGUGUCCUCUUCAAGUGAAAUUCACAUCUAUUGCCUUGUUCUUGAUGAUGGCUCCCAGCUCUGCCUGUGGUCUGUGUGAAAGCCAUGGCAGAUGUGUUUAGACAAGAACGUGUUUGAUUUCUAAACAGGAAAUAUAAAUUCCCAGGCGUUCAUGCAACAUUUCUGGAGUUCUAAAAAGGACGUAUGCUUCCUUGGACUGGCCAGAUGUUCCCUCUUUAUUCAUUUUUGGGGAAUACCCAAUCCCGUGCCAGUGGUACUUAAUUUGUGAUCCUACCAUCGUCCAUUGCUUGAUUGUGUUCUAAUAAGUGAAGGACAACCCCCUUCAUGUUGCUAAUUAUACUAAUUCUUCAGUUCUUUCCAGAUUCAGGGCAAGUGGGAUAAAUUAGGGAGAGUCAGACCAUCUGGUUCCAGAUGUGGGUGUAACACGUAAUGUCCCUUUAGGGGAUAAUGGAGGGGGCAGGAUAGACCGCCCUUGGUACUGUCACUGGGCUAUGUUCAUGAACACCAUGUGGAAUUAAUCUAGGAUAACCAAAUGUUCCCUUCAAGACCAUUUGAAAUAAGCUGAAAAAGGCUGUGUUAAAAAAAAAAAAAAUCUAGGAAAAGGAGGUUUGUUUAGGAAAAGGUAGUCUUAUUAGCCCAGUGAAUCCUUUUAGUGGGCAACCUACCCAUAACCUUAAAUAAGAUGACAUCAACAGAAUAGGAAAACUCCUGGACCUAGACUAAUCUCCAUACUGCGGAAGUGAGGGGCACGGAGUUCUGAGAUGGCUUUGAUACAGUUUUGCUCAUCAAUACUCUAAAGUUGUACAAGAAUAGCUAGCUAUUAAGGCUCUUUGUUUUGUUGCUGGUUUGUGUGGCUCUUAGAAAGUGAAGUCACUUGGUGAUUGGACAUAUUCUCUCAAAGGAAAUCACUGAGAGUGCAAGUCGGAGCCGAGUUUGGUAGUAAAUCACUGCCCAGUGGCAUGAUAUCCCUGCCAACUGCCUGACGCCUCAUUACCAAAUCCCUGCACUCUUCCUUCAACAUAGAGAAUUAGACAGAUAGCCCAGACAGCUAAUCUCUCAGUAGGGAACAUGUCUAAAGGCUCUGGGCCAGACUGCAGACGAGCAAGGAUUAAACAUUCAGUUAACCCCUGUGUUUGUGCGUGUCUGUGUGUUUGUGUGUGUGUGUGUAUACAAAAAAGAAAAAGGAAGGCUGCGCUGCUUGGAAUGCAAAGUUUUGCACACAGUGCCACACAGCUGUUUAAUUGAAGGACAUCGAGAAAACACAAAUGCUUUGAUUACCAUUUAUCAAUGCAACCUGAAUUAUUAUUUUUUUUCUGUUUUGUGCAGUCUAUUUGUCAUUCUGCAUCAAGCAACAGGAGGAUGGGGUGACAGCGGCAUAGAAGUAUUUUUUUGCUAAGGUUUUUUUUUUUUUUUGGGGGGGUGGAGGGGUGGUUAAAUUGGUUCCUAACCUUGAACUCUACUGUGACCCAUGUGUGUCUAUCAGUGAGAGUGAAUCCGUGAUCUUAAAGGGUUACCCCAAGCACCAUGACCACGUCAGUGAUUUGAAAUGGUGAUGGUGCUCAGAGUCUGUAUGCACAGCGUUUCACUAUGCUCCUUUGCUGCUGGAGGCGUAACUCCAAAUAAUUCAACAAGAGUUCCCGACUGGUUAAUGUCAAUUUGGUGCACGUUUCCAUGCACAGACACUUAUUCUUUGUCUGAUGAUACUCUCAGCCAAUCAAUGAGUGGCUGUAUCAACAUCCGGCUUCCGCGGAACAGGAGACCAGGCUCAUGAUGGGACCCAUGUAAUAGGACCCUAUUUUAAUUUAUACACAGGAAAAAAUAAUUUCCUUCCAAAUCAGCAUUUUUCCCCCUAAUUUUGGCAUUUCAGUUAUGAAUUCACUACAAUUCGGCCUUUAGUGAAUAAAGUACUUUCCCGAAUAUCCUUGACCAAUAUUAUUUUCGUGGUUGCGCAGCUGAAAUAUACGGCAAACAGGUCUAUCGUUAGGGAAAAUAAAUCCAGAAGCUGCUUAUUGAUCAACAUCUCGGCUGUAACAUGGAUGAAUCUUGACAAAGACAACAUAAACACCAAUCAAUAAAUCGUUUAAUUGAGGUUAUACACUUCUGAGUCUGCUUCCAAGAGAUGAAGCCUCAUACGUGGAUUCUUAUUAUCCUGUUGUGUGGGAUUCUGAAAGCAUCUUUCUUUUCUUUUCAUUUUUUUACUCCUUUCUUUUUCUGUUCUGCUUUUCCUUAUUUUUUUGAGUUUACAUAUUUUCUAUUACACAAAACAAAAGACAGGAUGCAUGACCGAUCAUGCAUAACUUUAAAAAUUAUAUUUUUAUUAAAUACAAAGAUAACGCUCACAAUGUCCCCAAGCAUUCACCUGGAUCUCAUGAUAAAAUAUAAAAAAAAAAUAUCUUAUUUCCAUAAUGUGGUAGAAACAGUCUGCACCCACUCUCCAGCAGGGGCUGGCUUGAGCAGAAGAAAUAUAUCUAAAGGAGUCGGCGACAUUGAAGGACACUACAGUAUGAUGCAUCCAACAUAGACAUUAUGGGUAGAAUCUGUUGGCGCUAUAAAAAUGGCGAUGAUAAUAAUAUUACAUAGAUUACUAAAACCACGCAACCUUUACCUUGUCCAUCCAGGAGAGGAGAGACUACCAUUCCUUCCUCCCCUCCACCCCCCCAUGCUUUUUUCCCCCAUCCAUCUUCCUCCCAUACCUAAAGUAUUUCUAAAUUAAGUUAUGGCUUCAAGGGGCUGGGGAGGGGGGCAUUGUACAAACCAUGGUAUUUUCUUGUUUAACCCCUUAAGGACCAAACUUCUGGAAUAAAAGGGAAUCAUGACAUGUCAUGUGUCCUUAAGCGGUUAAACUGAAAAAUUCUGUCCUGUACAUAAUGUCAAAUCCUUACUGUAUAAGAUUGCUGUAACAAAUAACUUCUAUUUAUAUAUGCAAAUACAAUGUGCUUGACUAAUUGAAAUAAGAUUGUCAAAAAAACAAAGCAAUCGGGCUUGCAAAAGUAAAAAAAAAUAAUGACAGCCACCAAAUUAACAGAAUGUCAAAUAGAAAACUUGGCUGUAAUCAUCAUUUAGAAACCGCACUAAUUAGCAGAUAACAGCUUUAUUUUAAUAUUUUCAGCAUCAGCUGACUGUGCAGUGCACUGAAUUAUUAUUUAUUUUUUAGUACAUUCCUCAAAUAACCAGGUGUUAAACUUCUCUGUCUAUUUUAAGGGUAACUGCAGUUCGGAUGCGGGUAUUUUUUAAUUUAGCACUUCAUUGAAAAUGCUUGUUAUUUUGUUUGUGUGCAUGUGAAUACGUGUACUGUGCGUUUUGUUUAUUUCUUGUAACGUGCAAGAUAAUGCAUCUUGGACGUAAAAACCCAAGGGCAGAGUAGAGAAUAUUCCUAACCUCAACAUCUGAGGAAAGGGAUUUAGGGGUGAUUAUUUCUGAUGACUUAAAGGUAGGUAGACAAUGUAAUAGAGCAGCAGGAAAUGCUAGCAGAAUGCUUGGUUGUAUGUGGAGAGGGGUUAGCAGUAGAAAGAGGGAAGUGCUCAUGCCAUUGUACAGAACACUGGUGAGACCUCACUUGGAGUAUUGUACACAGUACUGGAGACUGUAUCUCUAGAAGGAUAUUGAUACCUUAGAGAGGGUUUAGAGAAGGGCUACUAAACUGGUUCAUGGAUUGGGGGAUAAAACUUACCAGGAAAGGUUAAAGGAUCUUAACAUGUAUAGCUUGGAGGAAAGACGAGACAGGGGGGAUAUGAUAGAAACAUUUAAAUACAUAAAGGGAAUCAACACAGUAAAGGGGAGACUAUAUUUAAAAGAAGAAAAACUACCACAACAAGAGGACAUAGUCUUAAAUUAGAGGGACAAAGGUUUAAAAAUAAUAUCAGGAAGUAUUACUUUACUGAGAGGGUAGUGGAUGCAUGGAAUAGCCUUCCAGCUGAAGUGGUAGAGGUUAACACAGUAAAGGAGUUUAAGCAUGCAUGGGAUAGGCAUAAGGCUAUCCUAACUAUAAGAUAAGGCCAGGAACUAAUGAAAGUAUUUAGAAAAUUGGGCAGACACAUUCUAUGUUUCUAAUCUGGUUGGAUUUUUCUAAUUUUUUUUUCUCUCUCGUUUUCUUUGAUGCAUCAUGGGUUUGUUCAAAUUCAUGCAUUUUUGACUUACAAGCUGAGCACUGAGGAAUAUAUAUCGCGAGCACAGACGCAGUUUUCAGAAGUCUGUUCUAAAACAAAGGGUCGUUUUCGCAAUAAAUCUAUAUAUCUAAUCAAAGAGCUGUAUAUAAUAUUAUUAUUAUUAUUAUUAUUAUUACUAAUCUUCGCAUUGUAAUAGCAACAACGUAUUCCGCUGUUUUUUUCAAAUCUUACAAAACGGAUAUAAAACAGAUGGUUAUUUUGGAAGAAACCCAGAGGUGAAGAGGGUCUUGGCUGAAGGAGCUUGCAAUCUAUAGAAACCUGAAUAUCCUGUUUUUUAGUGCUGGAUGCAACAUGUAGCCAGGUUUAUUCUAUAUAAAUAAUAUAAAUGUUAUUCUGUAACUGUCCACCAUACACUCAGUCCAGCGUUGGCUUUUCACAGCCUUUUCUGUCUCUCCCUACCUGUGCUGGCUGAUGGCUUUUGCUUGUUAAAAUCAUUGUUUCACUAAGCGUUCUGUUUGCUGCAGCAUUGGAAACUCCAGGCUGAUAAAGGCACAUAACUCGCAAAGCAUUAUCAAACGCUCAUCCAUCAUCACACAGGUCCAGACCCCUCUCUUCAAUCACCCUAUAUCCCCUACGUUCUCUCACCAAGCUCAAUAAUCUCCUGAGAGAUCAACCUGUCAAUGCUUCAAGGAGAAGGAUUCACAGUGCUAUAUUUGUAACUCCACAACUGUGAUUUUCCCAAGGCAGCUUACAUGAGGCCAAACAUGGCCUUCCUAAGCCAAGUCAAGCUGCUACUAUCUGCCACGCAAGUCCUGAUCGGUCUCCUUGCUUAACUCGUUCCUUGAUCUCGACCUGCAGCUGAUGAAAGGGUAUUUGCCAAUACAGAUUAUCUUUUCAAGUGUCUAUUUUAAAGCACCCCUAUCGCAAACCAUACCGGAUUAUUUACCAGAGUCCGAAUACCAGUCUGGCUUAAUAAAAAAAAAUAAAAAAUAAUGAUAAUCCUGUACCAUCUGGGGCAUUUGGAUGACAAAGUCAAGAUAUUGAUCCGUGUAUUUAAUGCCUGGAUUUUGAAAUAAAGGCUCCAAAUACAUUAGAAUAUUCACUAGUCAGGAUGAAACAAAACAAUUGUAAUCAGAUGAUGGGAAUUUGCAACCGAGUGUGCCAAUCAAAUGAUAGACAGAAUCAGCCGCUGCCUGCAAAAUCAGUUCAACCAAAUUUCCAAAAUGCGGAUUUUUAUAUUUAAAAAAAAAAAAAAAAUGUAAAUUUUUUUAUUUUUUUUUAUUUUUUUUUAGAGAGUAGUGACUGUCCAAUAUAUUAUGUUAUUAUUUAUAUAGCGCCAAUAUAAAGCAGUGAUGUGAUGACAUUGGAAAUGAGCUGCAUGUGUCAAACCUGGCCACCUCCAUAGUACAUACAUUCAGUCUCUUAUACAGGGCUGUGUAACCAUCAAUGUGUGCAAUUUACAGAGCUUAAUCUUCCAUCACCCCAGAAAUCUAAUGUUUGGAGGUAGGCAAUUAGCUGCUAAUAGGAGGUAUAGUCUGAAGGCAUUGGGUGCCAGGGGGCUCCCUAAUUCAUUAGUUUUUAGUGGGACAAUCCUGAUUUUUGGGUCUUGUUCCGCCGUACUGACUUUAUUAUCUGGUGUCCCACAUUUGCCGACUUUCUUAGAUGCACUUACACUAUGUUCAGGGCACUAGGACCCUAUAGAGAGCACUGAAACUGCUUUCCCUGCGUUAUCUGCCCUCCGUGGGGAGGCUAGCCUCUUUUUGGUUGGAGUAAGUGACACAAUCGCCUCACUGGCCCGUCCCUUUCGCCUACCUACGGCCGGCAUGCAGUUUCUCUGGACACCAGAGUUGGGGGGAUUUGGGGGUAUGCUAAUCUGCUGGGUGGACAGUCACACACCUCGGUCCCGUAUCGAGUGGGGUUUCCUUUGUAUGAGGAGGAAAGUUGUGAUUUAAUAGGCAUGUGUAAUUCGUGUAACUAUAGGUCCAGGUACCUACCGUACUCAGGGAGUGGAAAGAGUUAAAGUAAGAUAGACCUGGCAUUGGGUAUACAAACCCACCUAUCUAACAACUCCAUUAUCUAGUCACUGGGGUGUUGGAUGAUUCAGAAGAGCUCAUUCAGAAGAGCAGAAUACUCUGAUAUCAGCAGGAGGAUGUGUUGUCUUUUUUUUUUUUUUUUUCAUGACCUAAUUCCUCCGGCUGUCUGUAGGUGGAAUUCUGUGUUUUGAUUUUUGUCCUUUUUAUUUGCGAUACCUUGAUCUCACCAUGUGACGUAUACUGUGGCAUGCUACACUGGGGGGGGCAAGCAGAGAGAUCUUUGUCUAUGGCGAAUUACGUGGGUGCGUCAGCUUGAACAGAGUACAACACAGGACAUUUAAAGAAUGUCUAUAAUAAAGAAUACAUGUAUCUAUUCCAUAAUGGCGGUAUCCACUAUCCCUGUGUAUCUAAUAACAUGUGGCAGGGUAGGGAUUCAUACAAUUAAUUUAGAUUUAAAGUAAAUAGUGCACACAUCUUGAAAAUCUUGCAGGAGAUGCGUACAUGCAGCUAUUAACUCAUUGCAUGGAAAAUGUAUAUGCAUCUCCUAAUAAAUGCAUGCGUUCUUUCCUUGCAACACCUUUAAUACUCCGGAUAUCACACCAAUGAAUAAAAUAACCUGUAACUUGUGUUAACCUUUUUCCACAUGAUGUUUCAUUUUGUUUUAAAUGUAUAUUAAAGAUUUCAAAAUUGACAUGACAUAAUCCAGUUCAGUCCUGGCACUGCCAAGGCACACAACGUAAUGGAAGAGAGGAAACAAACCUUGUUUGAGCUUCUCCUACUCUCGCUAUGCUCUGUACUGACUGACAGGUGUAAAGGGCAGAGGAAGGGAUUGAACAUACUUCAGUGUCCCUGAGCAAUGUGAUAACAACAGAUUUUGUUUUCCACAACGUGAGCCAGGGCUAUCACUUUUAUAAAGUCAGUGGAUUCAUCACAGAUCCCGUGAGGUUCUCUUCUGGGUUAUGGUCCGAUUUGACUGUGUUUGAAUACAUUUCCUGGGCUGUAAAUGUCAUUGUUAACAUACAUUUAAAAUGUAAGUGUGUGUGUGUAUAUGUAUAUAUGUGUGUGUGUGUGUAUAUAUAUAUAUAUAUAUAUAUAUAUAUAUAUAUAUAUAUAUAAUUAUUAUUUAUUUUUUUAAACAUUUAUUUUUAUAGUUAGCCGCCUAAUACCACCUUACAAAAUAGUCUAGAUAAGUGGAACGUUUAAAGCAGAUCCAACAAAUAAAGUGCAUCUAUGUUUUUUCAAAAUGUGCAAAAAAGUGCACUUACCACAGCAAAGUGCUCAGAAAUUCUGUACAAAGUUUUAAAUCUAUAUGCAGUGCAAACUAAGUAUAUAUUAUUUUAAAUCUUAUUUUAUUUUUUUUUGCACAUUUGAAAACACACAGAUGCACAUUAUUGGCUUGGUGUUUCUGCUUUAAGGGCUCCACUUAUGUUGACAUACCUUUUAUUAGGUAACAAGUGAAAAUGUAACAUUAAAUCAAGUUAAGAGGUUCUAAAAAAAAAAAAAAAGGAUCUAAAAUGAGAGCAUUGAGUGCUGAUGUUUCAAAACAGCUAUAAAAGUGCUUGACGUGCUAAGAGGCAGCUUUCAACACCGUCACAAUCCGAGGGCAGGUGUGUUCUUUGGCCCUUGGAAUCUUUCCCUAAUAAUAGCUCGUACAGAUGGCAUUUAAGACACUACAACAAAGCAAGUGAUGUGGACCAAGAGGCCAUCGCCCAGCUUAGAGAUAAAGUAUGUGAUGUCAAUGGCAGGAAGCCUCGUUUGACUGAUUUAAAUGAAUUCUUGGGUGCGCCAGAUUGACCGUUUCCUGUGUACCAUGAGGUUUAUUCACCAAACAGUGACAUAGUGAGCUGACGCCAGAUCGACAUAAUUGGGAAAUGUAGAUAAAGGCAGCCACGUUGGACCAUCUCAACCAAGUAAAAUCGAGACCGCAAUCUAGCUGGGAAAAAAUCUCCAGAAUUCUGCAUUUAGGUAUAAAUUGUUGGCAAUUGGAAGUGAAGGCCAAAACAGCUGAAUUCUCCAAGUAUGCUAUGUUUGUCUUUGGCUACUGUGGCCUAAAAGUUAAAUUCCACAUUGAAUUUACACUUUAGUGAAUAAUUUUGAUUUAGAGAUAAUUCUUGCUGUCAGUAACUGCUGAUUAAAAGUGUGAUUUCCAAAGUACAUUUUGUAUUUCUGGAUCCUAUCAGACAGCAGACACUAGCUACAGGGCUCAACAUUUCUACUUGCCAGUAGCCACUGGCAAGUGAAAAUCCAGCCCUGGUGAGAAGUUUAGUACUGGUGAGUUUGACAUUCACCCUCCAGGCUUGCAUUGGCUCGUAACUUUUAAGACCUGGCUUGUAGCGUAGGACUUGAAAUUCAAGCCCUGAUAGCUAGAUAAUUAAAUCCCUGGAUUUUAUUCUUAGUCACUCAUUAGGUACUCAUUCAUUGAAAAUAUGAUUUGUGUACCUUACUUGUCAGAGUCUCCAUUAAAACUUAAAUUAAUAGAACUCUCAUCUCCCUACAUCAGGGUCUCUGUACGUAUUCAGACAGAAUAUUACAAUUUUUUUCGUUUCUUGGUUAAAGGGACACUAUAGUCACCAGAACAACUACAACUUAAUGUAGUUGUUCUGGUGAGUAUAAUCAUUGCCUUCAGACAUUUUAAUGCAGUGUUUACAUUGCCCCUAGGGACACCUCCAAUUGGCAGUGUUUACAUUGCCCCUAUGGACACCUCCAGGUGGCCACUCCUCAGAUGGCCACUGGAGGUGCUUCCUGGUUCAGUGCUGCACAGUAUGCAGCUCUGCCAUUCAGUGUCUCCACGUUCUGCAUGGAGACGCUGAAUUUUCCUCAUAGAGAUGCAUUGAUUUAAUGCAUCUCUAUGAGGAGGCGCUGAUUGGCCAAUACAGCAUUGGGCCCCACCCUCUUGCCGAUUUUAGCCAAUCAAAUGCUUUCCCCAUGGGAAAGCAUUUGAUUAGCUAAAAAUGGGUAAUUCUGAUUGUCACCAAGGGGGCGGGGCCAGUUCCGGCAGACCCACGGCGCUAGAAAUAAAGUGAGUUUUCAUGCUUGUAAGGGGGUGGGGGGGGGCAAGCCACCUUAAUGGUAGGUUUUGCACAACAGGGUCAGGAAUACAUGUUUGUGUUCCUGACCCUAUAAUGUUCCUUUAAAGAAGUGAAGGGAUAGUGCUAAAUGCAAAUUAGAAAAGCCAACAGCCAAUAAUCAUAGGCGUGCACAGGGGGUGUGCUGGGUACGCUAAUCCGCACGGCACGCCUGUGAGUCCUGCAGGAACACGUGGGGGAUUUUACAAAUGUUGACGGAUGACCGAUUAUAUCAAUGAGAUUGAGGUAGACAACAUCUAGGUUGGGGCAGUGCCCAAAAGGUAGAUCACCUGAUGUUGACGAACUACAGCUCCUAUGAGGCUUUGAAUGCCUUUUAAAAUGCCUUUAGAAUGACAAAUCAUUAUUGAAGCUGUUUUAAAACCUCAGGGGAUCUACCUUUUCGGACACCCCUGGCGUAGGGUCAUUCCAAGAUGAUUAAGAACCUUACUUAAUCUACAUACUGUCCUUCUCAUACAGAAUGUAGAGUUUAGUCCUCUUCACAGUAUUCUCUGUUCGUUUGGCACAUAAAGGGUUGGCAGUGGGAUAUUUAUUUUGUUUUGUGCCUGAAAAGAAGUGGCAUGCAGAAGUGAUGAUUGAUGAUGGGGUUUGUGGAGUCUCCUGAUGGAGGUUUGAUGGGGUCAGCGAGCUGCAGUCUCUGCACUUCUAACUGGUUUGGCUAAUUACUUUGGAAUAGCUACUUGACUGAUAAAAUAAUUCUGCUGGAAAAGCCAUUUUCUUUGCUCUCUAGUGAUGGGAUUAUAUCAAGAGCUUUUCAGCAAGAUAGUUUGCUCUCUGACAGAGUAUGAACAGGCUUUCUAAUGAGAUUAAACAAGGUCAUUAUCUAGAAACUUGGAUUGAUCGACAAGGAACAAAUACAUCUGGGUUUAUCCACUAAACAGUGAGCCGAGAACUCAACGACUAUAAUAGGCAAGUUGACUCCGUUCCCAAACUCAACUGUAGUCACAGCAGCUAUUUUAUUAUUUUAAUUCUGUAAAAUUCAUUGCCAAAUAUUGAAUAAAAUGCAUUGUAUCUAAGGUCUAAUUCCAAGUCAGGUCGUCUGUGCCAAGAUCAACAGUCAUUGUUGCCAUAUAACAUAACCUGGUCUAUGCACCAAAACCACAUCAUUAAGAAUAAAUAGACUUGGUGCUUCCAGUAUUCCUCUCAGGCUUUGAUGAAGUAUCUCAGACAGAUAUCGCUUUGGACUUUCCCUCUGAUGUUUGAGGUUUUUUUUUUGAUUGUUGUCCAUCAGUUUGUAUGGUGUCCUGGAAAGCAUGUAGACGUAUCUGAGAACCCUAUAAUCCACUCUUCUCCUACUGUUUGCUUUGACUCACUUGACCUUCCUGGCAACCAACUCCAAGUCUCUGAAGUGGUCUACCUUGCUGGAGUAUCGGCUUUACAUAUCCCAAUGCCAUGCAUGAAGGCCUGGUGUCUAACAAUGCCCUCAUGUACUGUGAGACUCUUCCCGUGGAUAAUGACCGUGCUGCUUGUUGUGACGGCUGCACCAGGUUGCAUAUUCAGCCUGUUUCCAGCAUUACCUGUCCAUUUUUAAUACAAGGUUUCUAAACCUUCCUUUUUCCUGGCUACAAGAACUACAAGCUAACUAUUCCAGAGAUCCUAACGACAUGUACAUAAUAGAAAAGGCUAGCAGUGAAUCAUGGGAAAUGUCAUCUCACAGCAGGCGGAAAGCAAAGCUGGACAGUCAGGUGAUGGAAGGUAGAAAUGGCACAGAUCUCCUGCUAGAGUGUCAGUGACAAUAGGAGAUAACCGAGUAAUACCUGGUGAUUAAAGGUUUACUCAAAGCACCAUAACCACUUCAGUGUUUUGAAGUGGUCGUGGUGCCUGGCAUUUCUGUGUGAAGCGUUACGCUGUGAAAAGCUUCUUAUACUGAGUAAAAGCCCAUGGCCACCAAAGGUGGAGAAAUCUAGUAUCGUGGGGUGUCACGAGACAACCCAGAUAUAGAGUACCAGUCUGGCUAAUGUCAAUCUUGUGCAAAUUUGUUUGCACUGUGUGCCUUUCCUAGGCUGAGAAUCGUCAACUGACCCCAAUGUAUGGUGACUGCAUCGACUUCUGACUUUUGCAGCUCUGCAGAAUCAGAAAAACGCAUGGAGCCUUGCAGCCUGGCAUGGACCCAGGUAAGAGGGCAACUUGUUACUAAACAGUUUGCCCUAUUACUGGGGCACUGAGCCAAAAUAUACUCCUGGCACUAGGACACCUGCAGCGUGUUUUAGUGGUUAUGAUACUUGGAGUUAACCUUUAACUGUGUGAGAAAUGGAGAAAGUUGAGUAACUGAAAUAAAUAAAGUGUUUUAUUCUGCAGUCUGAUUUUACUGUAAAACCAAAAGUGUGUAAGCGCUAUAGAGGCGAUGAAGCACUCAGUUAAGCAGCGCUGUACCACAUUUUACUGUAAUCUCACAGUGAAUUGGCAGAUUGUCUAAAUGUGUUCCCUUUAAGAACUGUUUUUUUUUUUUGUGAAGCCAACGUUGAGGCAGUAAAGAACAGAACAUUUACAACAAUUGUUGCUUGUAUUUUGCCCAAGAGGAAAAGUUCAGAUCAGGCAACAUUGAUUAUUCUAAUAAUUAUUUUAUUUACGUAUUCACAGCUGAGCUCUUACAAAAAAUACUGACAGCGAACACUAAUUAUCAAGAUCACAUAAUGUCUGGAUGUGCCCCCUUUAAAUUCUGUGCUGAUUUGACAGUGCACUUCAUCCAGCUGUUUCUAUUCCCUCUAGCACAUAACAGACAAAUUCUCUAGGAGUUGAGAUGAUUACUUAAGAGAUAAUGUUACUUCUGGAUUUAAUAUAAAUAUAAAAUAAUAAUUCUUUAUGCAGAAUCUGUCAUCAGGUACCAAGCCGUUAACAUAUUUCCAAGUUGAGCGGAGUCAUUAUAUUCGAAAUUUCCAAGGACAAAAAAAAUUAAAUAAAUACUGAAAAACUAGCUUUUUACCGGAGAAUAAUAGUGGUCUGGUUUUAGCAUUUUUUUUUCUUUUCUUUUCUUUUAAAUUAUUUACAAAUUGCUUUACUUACAGAGAGUGUUUCCUCUCUCCAAGUCCUCAUUAGAUAAGUGGAGCAGAAGGAACACGAUUUUGUUUGUACAAACACUCCAUGAGAUGUACUGAAUAUAAUUAGGAUCAGAAAAAAACACAUUCUGUAUCAAACCGAAAUAGAUUAAAUUAUUAUAUAUCCGUUAUGUUACAACGUAACCAUUAGGAGCUCUGUAAUGACAUGGAUCACGUCAUGUUAUCUAGACCAUAAGUAUCCACCAGUGUCUCCUGGCAACUUUCACCAAAGGUGGAACAAUGCCAAUAUUUAUAAAAAACUUAAUAAAUCCUUUAACGUAGAUUGGAGUGUUCCUGUCAUAUUCGAACAACUUUAGGUCAAAUUGAUUAUCAUCACGUUUCGUGUCCAAACUGUACUAGCAAAUGCAAACAUGUUCAAAUGGCCACUCUGGGAACCAUAGUAACUUUAGCAGAAUCAAGUUGUUAUGGUGCAAGGAGGUCCAACAAUUAAACAAACCCGCUUAAUAUCAAACUGUUGUAUCUACAAGCUUUUGUCUUGUGAUUUGUAACCGUAACUACAGUUUAUGCACUGUAGUUGCUGUGCUGUCCCUCUGGCAAUCUUGUACCAUGCUUUGCCAAAGGGAAAUAGGAAUUGUGUCACAGAUAUCACUUUAUUCUGACGUGAGUGUAACUGGCAAAUAACUUGGCAUACUGGCAUCAUGGAGUAGGCUUGCUCUACUUGAGGAAGUAGAUUGGUGAAGGCAAGAGGGACCAGAAUUGUCUUGGCAACAGUGACAGGACAGUGCUAAAGAAGAAGUGAGUUAGGCUGUUGCCUAGGGCCCAGGGGUCUUGGUGCCAUAAAGAUCCCUAUAGUAAUGGUGACGGAGAUGCAACUGGUCAAUUUCCCAGGGCCAUGUGAGAAACUGAUCCUUUUCUGUUUACAAGCCUUACAUAGGUUGGCCUUACAUAAACAUGGUACAGCAGGCUCAAUGACCCCUUAAAGGUUUUACCCAUUACAUCACUUAGCCAUAGAUAAGUACAGUGCCUAUGAUAAAGUAAUACUGUAGCACAUAAUCUUUAUGGGCCAGCUUGUACCUCUCUCUCUCCAGUGAUAGCUAUGUCCAUUUACCAAGCCACGCUGGAAAAUGUUAACAAAGAAAAAUGAUAAUUCUACGUGCCCUUUGUUUUAUAUUAUCCAAAAGAUCUCUCUAUUGGAAUUAUAAGAACAAAUAAUAACAAAUGCCAGCUGUUGCUGUGAGAUGUUUGUUUAUUAUGAUGAAUGUGAACGGAUCUAAAUCCCCAGAGGUUAUUUUUUAGCCGCAAAUACAGCAGGACAGUUUCUUGUCUAAUGAUAAUGCAUUAAAUAAAUAAUAUAUAUUCUCGUAGAGUGCAGGGAAUAAGUAAAAAUACAUCGUUAGCCUGCUUGUGGCCGAACCACUGGAAAUGUGACACUUGCCCAAUGAGCUGACAUAUCUGAAAAACUCAAAAUAGAUUGAUUGUAAGAUCUGCGAGUCUCUGGGGGGAAGAAAUGUCACUCUGCGCGGUGGAAAUUGUAUAUUUGCAAAAGGGCAGAAAAAAAACCCAAUCUAUUUUGACAAUCUUGAUGUUUAGUAGGAAGAUGAACUGCAGGGAAAACUAUAAUUUAUUUAUUUAUGAAGAAUUUCACCAGGAAGAAUACAGAGAGAAGUCUCUUAUUUUCAAGUAUGCUCCGGAGAAUGAUACACAGAUGGCUUGUUAUUGUGUAUAGAGCAAUAUAAUGUAAUAUAUCAAAGUAUAUUUUGAAGAGAUAAGAUUUACAGGCGCAAUGGGGUAGAAAUUUGAGAGUAGCUUUCAUCUCUACAAGGCAUACAGAUUACCUCAGUCAUGGUUUAAGGUAUAGAGUGAAGCCGCAAUGUGCACAAAAGUUAUUUGUGAAAUUGUUAAAGGGUUACUCCAACCUGCUGCAGUGGUACUGGGUGUUAUGUCGGGAGUAUCCUGGCGCCGUUUCCCGUAAUGGCAAGCUGUUUUACAUUGGUUUGUCCUCUUAAGUGGUCCUGACAGAUGCCAAGGAUCCUCUGAAGUAGGGUUUUCCAUGCAUCCUAAGUUGCAUAUAAUUGACUUUUGCCAGUCUAGAACCCUAGCUAGUGUUAUACCUCCACCAGUAAAGGGGUUAAACUUUGUAUGUGCAGAGUUUCAAAGCAAAAAAACUACACAGACUUCAGGCACCAUGACCACUUCAAAUUACUGAAGUGAUCAUGGUACUUUAAAUUGAAAAGAUUUCUGCCAAUUUUAUGCCAAAUCAAUUAAACUGGAAAAAUAGGCGAGUUGAUGAAUUGUGCUUUAUUUAUUUAUUUUACGAAAAAUAAAAUAAAAUGUGCAAGCCGCACAUUCUGGUUUAUUUCAUUUUUGGUCCAGUCUGAAUUCACAUCACAGCAUCUGAAGUAAUGUUAAAGAAGAAUCUAAUUUUUGCAUUAUAUAUAUAUAAUAGCAUUUUAAAAAUGAGAAGCACUUCUAGCAUUGUGCCCCUUUAACAAAUUGGCCCAGUUUAUUCUAGGUUUUUUAUAAGAAAUGAGCUGCACAUUUAUUUAUCAGAGGAUUAAAAUUUCUACUUUGUCCAUUUUACUUUCCACUCAAACCGUGUUUACAUUUAGCAGCCGAGCGAAGAAACAGUCUUUGUGUUAUGUUUAUUCAUAAGAUUAUAGGAUUCAGUGGGUUCUAAGACAUUAAAUUGCAAUUUCUUGGCUCCUUUCAACUUUAUCUGUCAAAGAAUAUUUCACAACCUCCAAGUGUCCCAGAAUCGACAGGCAGUCUUGAUUUUACGUCCCGGUCCUGUCAUUCUGUGUUAAAGGACCACUAUAGUGCCAGGAAAACAUACUCGUUUUCCUGGCACUAUAGUGCCCUGAGGGUGCCCCCACCCUCAGGGUGCCGGGCUCUGGAUAGAGGAAGGGGUUAAAAUCUUAUCUUUCUCCAGCGCCAGGCGGGGAGCUUUCCUCCUCCUCUCCUCGUUCCUAGCCACGUCAUCGGCUGAAUGCGCAUGCGCGGCAGGAGCAGCGCGCGCAUUCCGCCAGUUCAUAGGAAAGCAUUUGCAAUGCUUUUCCUGGCACUAUAGUGCAUAGCCUGAGGGUGCCCCCACCCUCAGGGUCCCCCUCCUGCCGGGCUCUGGAUAGAGGAAGUGGGUUAAAAUCUUAUCUUUCUCCAGCGCCAGGCGGGGAGCUUUCCUCCUCCUCUCCUCGUUCCUAGCCACGUCAUCGGCUGAAUGCGCAUGCGCGGCAGGAGCAGCGCGCGCAUUCCGCCAGUUCAUAGGAAAGCAUUUGCAAUGCUUUCCUAUGGACGCUGGCGUCUUCUCACUGUGAUUAACCCUCAGUGUAAACAUAGCAGUUUCUCUGAAAAAGGGGUUAACCCUAGCUGGACCAGGCACCCAGACCACUUCAUUAAGCUGAAGUGGUCUGGGUGCCUUUAGUGGUCAUUUAAUAGUCUAUUGUUCCAUUUCUUAGGAAACCAGAGAAAAAUUCCAAAAAAUCUUGCAAGGACAUUGUUAGUUGAACUUGCGCUGUGCUAAAAUAGUAUAAAAAUUAUUUGCCAAUAUAAAGUGGGCAUUUCAAAAAAACUGGGUGCCACCCUGGCGCACGAUCAUGCCUGCUUUAAAAGGGCACUUUACCCAGUAAAUGCGUUAUUAUAAAUAAUGCAUUAUAACUCAUAAAACCCAAUAUUUCAAAAACUAUAGUGAUAUUUUUAUUGCAAAUUUUCUGCAAGUCCACAGGAUUUGCAGCUUCUGCAGUGACGUAUGGAGCUUCCAUUGGUUGUACAAGGAUGGACAGUAAAUAUAUGAUUAACCCUGCAUAGCAUAAGAUUAAUUAUUUAGCCAUAUUUGCCACUCUAGGAGCCUGGAGUGUCCCUUUAAAACAUUUUACAGACUACAAAUCCUGUUUCUUGUAGGUUUUUUUGGUGUCAAAAGGAUGAGUACGCAACACUCUUCAUUAUUCUCUUUAAUAUAUUCCCUCCUCUUGUGAACUCUGUGUGAUGUAUGUAUCCGGUGUGUGCGCUCUGUCCGGUAGGAGCCGUAUCUAAUUUGAUGCAUGUAGUGUAAGCCUCUUAGUGUGACAUGUAUCAUGGUGACAGGUUUGUGAAUUUGAUAUAUGGACCUACUAGCGCUGCCCCAUAAACAAGGUGUCCUUUAGCUAUGCAAGGAGACAGUAACAUUUAGCAAGAUAAAUGGUAGCUAUGGAGUCUCUGCAAUGACACAGAAGAAACCUUGUUACAUUCUUCACCUUAAAUUGGAUUUCCUAAACCAUGCUAUAGUUUGAGCCUCGGGCUGAUGAGUGAUGAAGGGGGUGCUAUGUUCCACUGGUACACAUUGCGUGAUCUAGAAAAAUUACCACUCUUGUCAUAUAUUAAUAUGGUAACGGUAUAAGGAAGGUUCUUCAGAUGUAAGAGGUUGGUGCUUCCCAUCACAAGAGACUAUCUUUGUCAUAGAACCCCCUCCUCCCUUUAGCAUGGAUGCUCCUGUCACCUUUUCUGUUAUGAUACGAAGAACACAAAGCCCAAUCCCUCAUCACCUCUCCUAUGCUGUGAAAAAGUAGAAGCAGGGAUUUAGAGCUAGCUGCAUGCACAAGGUUUAUGGGACCAGUUAUGGACUUCAUGUUUAGGCUGAGUCUCUCUGACCUACCUGACCUCUAAAUGGGCCUUUGACACGCAGUGACCUCUCUUGGUGGAGAGUUCCUUGUCACAAUAGCGUUUCUCUGUUUGAAUUUUUUGUAUAUAUUUUACAUGCCAUGGUGAUUGCAGACAGAGUGCUUUUGUUUUGUUUGAUCUCCUGUUUCCCACAGUCUUUUGGAGAGUGAUAUGUUAUUGUACUAUUAUGAUGGAUGCUCAUCUUUGUUAGAGCAGAACUGUUUCCCCCCACCCCCACCCUCUCCUGCAAAAUUUAUAUUUCAUAAAGAAAUACUCAUACUGACUGUGUUGGAAUUUUACAGAAAUUCUAUUCCACUCAAAAGAUAUAUGGAGACAAAAAGACUUCUUUGUCUCAGUAUUUCCCCUACGCCUGACUCUUCUUAAAACUAGGUGGAGCUACCACCACCAAGUGUCAAUCCCCCAGCCGUCACCAGUGAUGACUGCAAGGAAUUGGCUGAAUCUAUGAAGGAACCUGCUGUCUCUCAUGAUCCUUCAUAGACCUCUUUGCUGUACUCUUGCACAUGCUGAAAAAGGAUCAGCCAGAAGAAGAUGGCAGCGUCCACGAGGGACAGGUUCAGGUAAGUAAAACUUACUUUUGCCUAGCCCUACUUGACCACAAGGCACCCAACAGCGAUGUCACCGUCGGGUGUCUUUGCAAAUCAUGACAUUGACUGUGCCGCUUUGAGACAACAUGUCUUGGAAGAGGGGAAAUUAGAAUCUGGGUAUAUCUACAAGUCUAGUGGGUAGCGGAGGAAGAUCUUACCCAGACAAAGUCUAAGAUAAUAUAUAUUAAGAUUAUAAUGCAACUAGCCACAUCUAGAUCCAAAGCCAGGCACCGGUUACUACUAUCCCUUGUACAUUUGUUGAAAAUAAGGACAUUGCAGUAAGCAAAGUAAAGAUAUACUUUAGGAGCUGUGAAUGGAGGACAAGUAUUUGGAGUGACGCUGUGAUUUAAAUGAAAAGUGACUUUACCUGAAGGGUGAAAGAACGCCAAGCAGUGUGUAGCCUACACAUGACAUUGUUACAUUGGUGAAUAAUGAAGCCACCAAAUUAAAGGUAGGAGAAGUGCAUGUACAUGGAACCUUGCUAGCUGAGCUCCAGCUGAUGGAUGCUCUGGAAGGUAGUGAGUUCUUCUCCAGUUCUUACAGCAGCGUGUGCAAAUGGUAGCCGGAGAGAUCCAUAAACCUCUCCAGUCUCUUGCCUUGUGGCCCCGAGUCUAUGUAUUACAGCUUUUUUUUUUGGCUGGGAAUUGCAAACAAUUUUUCAUAAUUUUUGUUCUGACAUUGCCAACAAAAUGCUGGAAGGAAGGGCUUCAAAAUCUACUUUUCAGACAGAAUGAGAAUUGACAGGUAAUUGUCCCCAGACAGCGUGAAACAGUUUGCCAUGCUGCGUAAUGUUAUGAUGGAUGAUUCUCAACCUGAUGUUCACCAGCUUUUCGUUGGUAACUUCAUGAGUUUAUUUAUCAUGUGCUGGUUUUUUUUGUUUGUUUUUUUUGUUUUCAAUAAUAUUUCAGCUUUACUGGUUUUACAGUAAACUAUUAGACACAGUGAAACGGCUAAUAUUGGAAGCCCGAUGGCUCGGCUGGAUUCAAAAUAUCUUAAAAUUAGUGCAAUUUCAUUUUCACCUAUAGAUUGUACGUCCGUUUGAAGUAAUAAUACCAAUAAGUGCAAUUGAUUUUUUUUUUCUUAACAUUAAAGGGAAAAAUAAAUUCCUAUUUUUUGCUUCUUCAUGGUAUUUACUUGUAUUCCAUAUUCAAAAUGGGUUUGUGAGGUCUGAAAAAUAUAAUUUAAAUAGAAACCCAUACCACUGUAUUUAUGGGGAUUUAUGUUUAAAACAAUGUGGGCAGCUUGGCUGCAUUUAAUAUUCUUAAAAAUAGAAAAAAUAAACAUAACAGAUGAUUUACUUUUGUUUUGGUGUAGUGGCGAGUUUAAACUAGCUGACAGAAGUCGCCUUUGUUUGGUCUGUAGAUUGCCCAUUGAAAAUGUGUAAGUGUCAGCAUGUGACCUAAUGUGCGCAAGAGAUAAUGCAUGCGUGGCAAUUAUGCUUGCAACUAGCCAUACUUGUCGUUGUGAAAACGAAAACAUCUCUUGCACAUGUGUUUUUAGUGAGCAUGCAUUAACAACUCAGUGCUUUGAACAUACAAUUCACAGACCAAAAGGAGGAAAAAUACAUCUUUUCCCUUUUAAAUGUAAAAAAAAUGAAUGCGGAGGCUCAGAUGCUGGACUCCAUGCCUACUUUUGAUCCAUAUAAAGAGCUUUAUUUAUAGUCCACUAUUGGCGGGGGCUGACAUUAAGGUGCACAGCUGGUUUCCUCACAACACACAACUAGCACGUGCGAACAAUGUAUUUACUUUUGUGCGUGAUGCAGGUAUAAGUGGGUAUAGCAAAAUAUUAAACCCUCAUACCACCAAAUUUAAAUUAUGCUCACACUUGAUCAUGUUGCCCACAAUAUUUUGCCGAUAAACCCUUUCUUUCAUGCAGUUUAGGAUGCACCUGUUCGUAAACAAGGGAUGUAACAGAUUUACACAUGUACCAUGUGUUAAUUGCAAUAUAGCUUAUGAUUAAGCCCCAAGCGAUGUGAAAUCUGUAAAACGAAUUUGUGUUUGUUUGCUGUGCCAUGCUACAAUAAAGCGUGUUUACAAAAAACAAAAACAAAAUGUAAUGUUCAUAUUUGAUCAUUUAUAGGAACAAGGAGGCAAAAUGAAUGUAAUUGCCACGAGAGCAGAUACUAAAUGACUCACACGAUUCUAGCAGCUAUCUGCGUUUUUUGACACCGUACACACUUUGUCUACAAUGAAGCAGGGAUUAUUUUUGUUUUUGCUUGUUUUUAUGCGCAGUCAUUCGUCCUCAGAGGCCGUCAGGAAGACAUUGUGAGUUUAAUCGCUAAACAACUCACGGUCAUAAAUUGAAAACCAAAAAUGCUAAAUGUUAUCUAAAAAUGAGAUUUGCAAACAUUCUCGAAUCCAGCGAACGUAAUAACUUGGUUAGUGUGCCUAAUUUAUACAAUUCUGCUUUUAAUUCAGGACAAUUUAGUGUUUAGUGGAUAAACCCCUUUUGCUCUUUGACUUGUUCUUACCUAUGGAUCCCCAGGUAUCAGGAAGGGUUCAGCCAGAGCCGCCAUCAGGGGGGCAUAGGCCGUACCCUUGUAAGGGGCAGGGCCUGGUCCAGUUUAAGGGUCCCCAUGAGGCCCUGUAGUGGUUGUUGUUCCUGUUAGGAAGAUAGACAUAUCUUUCCCAACUGGAUCACAUUGGCCAGCACUAUUAGGGUCCUUCAGGUCAAAUGGAAGCCAGCUCUCGUGGACAGCAACGCUAAAUGAUGUAAUAUCAUAGAUAGCACUUCCUCCCAAUGUUACUACGGAGCUGCUGAGGCUCUGAUGCAGAGCUCAUGGGGGAGUGUGCGGCAGAUAUGGCGUUUCAUCUUAUUGCCUUCUUGUGACUUCCAUACUCUCCUUGGAAGUAGGACUGAGCUGGGAGUAGAGUUUAGGGGCAGGGGAUAUAUUUUUUAUGCUUACUGUGGAGGGAAGAGGUUAGGUUUCUGUGCAUGCGUGUGUCUUACUGUGUGUGUGUGUAUCUAUAUUUGUGUGUAUGUCUGACUGUGUGUGUGUGAUAUAAUAGUAAUCUGUGUACGUAUGUCUUUGUGACAGGAAUAUGUGUAUGUGUGUCUAGCAGUGUGCACCUGUGUGUAUUCUGGUAGAGUGUAUGGGUAUAUCUAGGUGGGGGACAUAUACAUAAUUGUGUUUGGGUUUUUAAGGGGCCCUAAGAUUUCUGAUGGCAGUCCUGGAUUCAGCAUUGCGACAAACAUUGUUUGUGAUAUCUAAAGUUUCAAAGCAUAAAGGGAUACUAUAGCACUAGGAAUACAAAGGAAAUGCCGGUAUAGUAAUGGUUAAAAUACCCUUACUGUACUUACCCAAUUCCAGCACCGGUGUAACUUGGUGCCCGGUUGGCUCUAGUGGCUGUCUGAUUGACAUCCACUAAAGACAGUCUUAACCCUGACAAAUAAUUAAUUAUUUCAGUUUCUCAAAAAGGGGACUGGGACAAAGCACCUGUCCUGAUGGAAGUGGUCUGGGUGCCUAUAGUGUCAUUUUAAUGAUCUCUGUAUUGGCUCUCCGUAUUUUUAAUUAUGGCGAAAAUCACUGCUAGUGUGAUUUUUCUCUGCACGGUUGUGUAUUAGCACAGCUCAGGGUGUCUGUAAAAUGCCAUCCAUACAGGUUUUGCAUAAUAUAAUGCUUCCACUAUACCUCAAAUUUGGUCAUUGCAUAAAUUAUCCUAUCUAUUAACGUUUCCUGCUCAUCAGAACGUAACAAUUUAAUAAUACACUGGGAUAACAGAACUAGACGCUGUAAUUCAUCUUAAAAGCAUGACAGUCUCGAGUUUAAAAAAAAUGACAUUCUUGCACUUCAAAAAAGGAGUAAUUCCAUUGAUGCGUGUAUAUGCACAGCUGAACUGCUUGCAAUGAAAAAGAAUUAAACCGGGAAUAUUAUAUUCCAAUUUAUCAGAGUUAUUCACUAAAACAAGGCUUGUGUAGAAUAGACAGAGUAAUUUGUAAAUUUAGGCCAUCAUUGCAAGAAUAUUUCCAAUUUGGUUAUUGUCGCAUUUCUUAACUAAACUCCCAAGUGCAAUAAAUAGACAUUUGAAUGAGGCUAAAAUAGCCAAGUUAUGGCGACAACCGCGUUGGAAACAUUUUAAAGGUCUUGCAUUUCCUCCCCUCUCAAUUUUCUCUUACAAGCUGGUCAUAUUAAGAUCUCACAGUCAAUUGUUUAUUUAGAAGAACAUGUAAUGAGACUCCAUAUGUGCCUGUCACUUUGGAUCUUGUCUGGUCCGACUUAUGGAGUCUGGUUUCCAGAUCUGACUGCCUCAAGUGUUCUUCUUAUCAAAGAUUUUUGAAGAGAAUGAUGUUCAUAGUUUCAUGAUGAAUCGUUCGUACACCAGUCCAGAAUCAGAAAGUCAAUGCACCAUCAAAUAUCAUUACCUGGAGGCACUUUUCAACAUCUUCCUUAACCAUUUAUGGGCUAGACAGAACCUAUAUUGGCUCACAGACUUGUGCACAGCAAAACAAUCUGGUUGGCCAAAUGGAUUCAUCGAAAGGGAAAAAAAAGGUUUUGUGUUCAGAAAUACAUUCAUACGAUGUUUUGGCUUAGAUGAAUUUCAUCCGUGCAAGCCAUUUUGGAAAGUGCUUUGGACUAACCAAAAUGUAGCGAAAAUGGGCCGAUCAUUGUCCUGUAAAAUAGAAAGAUUAUGUAUAUAGUUUGCAGUACACUGAUAGGCGCGUUGAUUUGCAAAAAAUGUUACUGCUCUUCCUCGUUUUUUCUCUGCUGGUAAUUUCUCACUUGAUCUGUGAAUAAAAAAUCAACAUUUAGUAACGGUCUCCUAACCAUCCAUCAAUUAAAUAUUUUUUGCAACAAUCUUUUUUUUUAUUUUUUGGCAACUUGAACAGAACUCCCAAAGCAGUUGAAACCGCUCACCAUUACUUUGUGAUUUGUCGAUUACUCUGUUCUGGAAUUCAGAUGACCCACUGAUCACCCCAAAAUUUGUGGUUAGUUUGAAACGGAGUGCACAAGUUUGACUAGUCUUAUUGCAUAGACCAAGGGUAGUCAACCUUUUAAUACCUACUGCUAACUUUUUUGUAGCUUUGUUGAUGGUAAAAUUUCCUUACCGCCCACCAGCGCUGCAGUAACAAAUUUUCUAGAGCAAGUGCGAUUUUUUUAAUUUUUUUUUAUUUUUUUAUUUUUUUAAUUUAUUUAUUUUUAUAAUUUAUUUUUUUUAGAAAGGAGGAUUUUUAAAAAAAAAAAAAUUACUUACAUUUAUCUAUUUUUUUCCCUUUUUUUUUCUAUUCUACUUUUUUUUUCUAUGUGUGUCUGUAAGGUGCGCUUUGUGUGAAGGGUGCAAUGUGUGAAUGAAGGGUGCUGUAUGUAGGCGAGGGGCGUAGUGUGUAGGGUGUGUGAAGGGUGCUGUGCGUGUAUGAGGGGUGGAGUGUCUGUGAGGGGACAGUGCGUGUGAGGGGGCAGUCUGUGUGUGUGUGUGAGGGGGGGCAGUCUGUGUGCAUGUGUGAGAAAGGCAGUGUGUGUUUGUGUGUGAAGACUGUAUAGGGUCUAUGCUGUGUGUAGGUGGGUGAGAUGUGAAAAUCCAUCUUAAUGUCUCCCCCUCCCUUCUUCUUAUCUUUUUACCAGGGAGGGGGGACAUAAUGCUGCAAGCCCUGGUGGUCCAGUGGUGCCAUGUUCAUUUUAGCCUGCAGUUCCUCUGGCUGCAGGCUGACUCUUCUGUCCUCCUGCGAGCACAGCACUGUAUUGGAGCAUUGCCAUGGUAACAUGCGGCAACGCUCCAACCAGCCUGCUCACGGGAGGAACACCGAGGCUUCCAGGCCCUUCCCUCCCUCUGCUGGAACUAAGUGCCAGCAGGCCGGUGAGGAAGAUCUUUGAUCUCCUCACCAGCCCGACAGGGCUUACAGCAAGUCUGGCUCUGCAUGGGCCGGCAGGGGAGAUGAAAGGAUCUCCCCUGCCAGCCUUGGUCCAUGGCCAUCGAGGACCACUGGGUGUUUUUUGCAGAACCCACCACCACCCACCUGAAAUCCCACUUGUGGGCAGUAGGGACGAGGUUGACUAACCAUGACAUAGACAAAAUUAAUCCUAAAAUUCUUGGCCUGUAUCCUUGCUUCAAAAGUAUGAUGACUACCAUGUAAUCUGCAGAUAUGCCUAGUUGUAUAAAAUCAUGCAUCAGGACAAAAGACAAAAGCAGGAAUUAUUCUCUGUUCUUCCUGAAUGCUUUCAGUGUACAUCUCUCUAAGGUUCCAAAGGCCAAAAAAGUUGGAUUUUGCCAUUGGCGAAACUGUAGCAAUGUUUUAUUUAUUUAAAGCAAUGCUAUAGGGUCAAGAACACAAACAUGUUCCCAUAGGAAAGCAUUUGAUUGGCUGAGACUGUCAAAGAGUCAAAUCACACACAUACUCAGAGAUACACACCGACACUCCCCUAUGGCUGCGUGCCCACAGCAACCUAUGGCUGUAAUGUAAACACUGCAUUUUCUCUGAAAAAAAACUGUAUUUACUGCAAAAAAGCCUGAAGGGACUAAUUAUACUCACCAGAACAAAUACAAUAAACUUUAAGACUGUGGUUUCUGGAAGCCCACCUAAGGAUAGCACAACUUGUUCUAGUAUCAUCAUCAUCAUCUACAAAGAGCAGAAUUCUCUCACCUGCUUUACUUAAUAAAUGUUCCUUAAAAUAUAACUCUUUUCAAAGAAAUCUGAGCCACUGCAUGUCAGGUUACAACACCCAACAAUAUUUGGCCAGUCCCAAAACGGACUAUUUGCUGAAAGUUACAAUAAAUCAGAUUCACUGUUGUCUUAAUAUAUUUUUACGAAAUACCUUAACAUUUGUUAGUUUGUAGAAAUGACUUUAGAGAUGCUUCCUUUUGAAUCCCUUCUACAGGGACUACGUAUUUAUCUGCACCAUAUGCCGGGUCCUUCGUCUAACAUGAUCUAGUUUGCAGAUCUCAUACAGGAGACUUUUGAAGCAGAGGAAAGGACAUUCGUGUUUCAUUUCCCUAUUAACAAUUCCCUGUAAUUUCCUUUCCGAUAUCACAGCGUGCGUAAAAGGCAUUGAACGCAGUGCAUCUGCUCCCAGUGAUAAGAUGGUGGAACAAGCCUCGCACUGCAGGACAGGCAGGAGAAAUUACUGUUCAGCUUAUUAACAGUAUCACCGAAAGCAGAACAGACUAAAAAGAAAAAAACCUUUCCUGCACUAUUUUAUAACUUUAUGAUGCAAAGGAAGAGAUUAGGAAAAAUAACUUAUACUGUGUGUGUGUGUGUGUGUGUGUGUGUGUAUAUAUAAUAUAAUUUUUUUAAACAUUUUUAAAUCAUAAAAUCACUGGUCCGUCAGUACGAUUAACGUUUACCUUUUGAUUGUAAGCUUAGGGGGGCAGGGUGCUUAUAACCUACAGUAUCUUAAGUUUCUGUCUUUUAAAGGGGCAGAAAAGGUAAAAGUGUGUAAUGGUUUGCUAAGGAUUAUAAGAAGCAGAUUACGUAGUGUAACAUCACAUCUGCCAACGGUUAGCUACCUGUGCUACGUGGGUUCAACUACUACUUUUUUUUUUUUUUUUUUAUUGUUUGUUAUGAUUAACUUUUAUUUAACUCCAUCUGCUCAGAGCAACAAGAGACACAAACAUUAGAUUAAUUUUAUAAUGAUCUACAAUGAAAUGCAUGACCAAGAGAGGAGUAGACAGUCUUCAACUUUUUGUGUGUUGUUUCUCUCACAUUGUACUUUAGGCAUGGAUUCUCAGUUCCUGUUAUGUGUUGCUGACAAAGAACACCCCAAUAUGUGUUCAGCAACACCUUCCGAGUACAACAGUACCCCUAAUGUACAGGUUUUAUGGGUUUUUGCAAACGUACAGCAUAUAUAUCCACCGGAGAGAGACGUGAGCUCUCACAGACCCUCUGGAGCUAUGAGCUGUCUUCACAGCCGCAGAGUCCCGCUGGCCACCUGGAAGUCCGCACCGACCAAUAGGAAAAGGGUCUCCCAGUCAAACUGGUUUGCGCCCUACUCCCGAUAGGCCAGCGCGAGUAAAGGGCUCAGCUUGAAACACUGAUGGAUCGCUGCGUAGCUUAGGCUACCAAUAGAAGAAGGAGCCACGAUGCAAACUGGGUUUGCACCCUUUUUCCUGAUAGGCCGGCGCGAGUUAAAGGGCUUAGUUUGGAACACCUCCAUGAGCGAUAAUUGGUCGCCGUGUGGUUUAGGCGCAAAGUAUGAAUCUACCAGCCUAAACCAAGUGAUUCUGUGGAACUAUUUUCGGGUAUGUACAGAGCCUCAAACCCAGACUUUGUAUGACGAUUUCUCGGGCUCUUUACAUCCGAUAGCUCUGCUUUUUGUAGGGAUCAUAGCUGGGAUCAGGAGCUAUUUAUGGAUAUAUUAUGUGUGGGGUUAUUUUAUGUCUUUUCUAUGUAUUUGGAUAUUUUUAUGCCUUAUGUCCUUUUUGCACAGUCGUGCUGUGGGAGUGUUCCAGGGUGGGUUUGACUGUGUCCAUGUUUUGUAUAAAUUGGCUGUACCUUGUCCCAUUAAAAUUAUUUCUGUUUUACCCUUCAUCAAGUCUUGGCUGAUGUUUGGGUAGCUAUGAGCUCUGAUCACAUUUGGGAUUUGGGGAGACUUUUAUAACGCAAGUACUCAGUUGGAGUAUAGGGGAUCCGUUACAAUCUGAAACAAAAUUUUUUUGUGCAUACGACGUUCCCUUGUGUGCCUCCCCCCCCCCCCAUAAAUUUAGGUCUUUGCACCAGCACCAUAGAUCUUUUUAUUUGUCUUUUUUUUUUCUUAGAUCUAAGUAUACCAUAUCCAUCCAGUGACAGCUGUUUCAGCCUAUUUGGUCUCCUCAUUGUAGAGAUGGCAUUGGAUUUAUUUCUGAAAAUUUAUAGCACUGCAUCGAGAGAGAUAAAUUAAGUCAUAGAGUAAAAAAAACAAAAAAAACCGAAAAUGACAGGAAACGUUCUAGUUGAGCUUGUUUGCGCUUUUUUUUUUAUCUGCCUUUGUAGAUGUUGGAUCAAAUAGAGUUGUCUUAAAGGUAAAUAUGCAAUAAACACAAUAAAUUAGUAAAACAAAAAAUAUAUAUUUACAACUAAAAUGCCUUGUUUAGUUGUUCUGCCUGCAGCUCCAAGUACAUCCCUCUCUCUUUAGGAAAAGACGAUUCAAUCAGGAGCAUCUCUUUCUAGCCUUUGCAUUCUACCCUUCUCCCAUAAACCUUUAUCAGCACUAUCAUCACUGCUAUCAUUAUACACUUAAGCUGGAGAACGGGGCUGUAUGUACAGAUUGGCAGAACAAUGGUCCAGGUGUGAGAGUCAAGUUGUGCUUGUGGCGCAUGCAUGCAGCACUACCUACCUGAACAAAACUAACAUUGCGCACGCCAGAACAGCCUGAUUGACAGUUCCGAUAGACUGCUUUUAAACUGUAAUGAUGUUUAGAAUCUGCUGCUGUUCUAAAAAAAAAAACCUUUUUAAAACGGGGAGAAGGUGCAGAGUGAUCGAUGCCCUUUUUUCAAAUAUGCAAAGUUGUGAUGGUGUCUGUACUUUUUUUUUUUUUUAAAUCAUGUGAAAGAUUAAUUUCAAUUAGCACAUCACGUUUUCUUAUCCCGUAAUACAUGGUACAUUUGGUAUAACUAGACACGUGCUUUUGUAGCAUUAAUCUGAAAUCGAAUAGAUUCCACCUGAAAUAAAAACCUUUUAAAUUUGUUUAAUUUCUUAAUAAUUAGCCAUUUUCAUUUUUUUCGUGAUUUGGAGAUCGCAUUCUCCGUUAUUUGACCACUGGGCAAAAGCUUCUCCGAACCAACCAAUUGGUUUCAAAACAAAUCAAAAAGGGGUUUUCCCCAAAUGCAUCAAUUUCACCGUCAUUUAAAGACUAAUGUGACGAAUGCAUAUGCCUAUUAAAUUUGUAAUGCUAUCCAUUUUACAGCUCAUUUUCAGAUUUUGUAAUUGAACACUGCAUUCUCACAAACAGAUUAAAGAAAAUUGUUCCUACUGAAUGUGAACAUUAUUUUAUGAAAAAAAAAAAUUUGGGAUAUUUUUAAAAAAAUAUUUUUUAAUUCUAUAUAAUGGUGAAUUUUUCACCUCCUAUUUACUUUACGAUUUCCUUCACUCACGCAGCACAUUGCAAGACCAGUAGUUGCAAGCCAUUGACUCUCACCUCCCCUACAUCAUGUCGCUGCCAUCGGGGACUUGUUAAUUUGGUGUGGGGUGGCUUUCUUUUUACAAUUUAAAGAUGAGCGGGAAGGAGGAGAUUCCAGAAUGGUUCAGAGACGAAUUCUCAGCCAUGCGGACCGCAGAUUAAUUAGUUUGUCAAGAAAUGAAAAAAAUAAACUGCAGAUGUCUUGCUAGAAAUUCGUGUCUCUCAUGCAUCUAAAUAUGGAAACAAUUAAAGGAGAGCAGGUUUAUCUCACAGAAAAUUGUUCUGAGAUUAAGUGCGCUUAACCUAUAUCCGCAAGUAGCUGGAUAGUCCUCCGUGGCGCAAGUUUCACUGUUAGAUUUAUAAUGAAACAUCAUCGAGAGCUUUCUUCCCAAAACAUAUAUUAAAAUUACUGCUGUGCAUAUUUAAAGGGACACGGUGUCAGGAUUAUAGUUGAUCCAGCACGCAGAAUAAUAUCACACCAAGGACUAAGGAUAACGUCUAACCAGACCUUAGAAUGGCCGGACUUAACGUACCUGAAAAUAGUCAAAAUACUUGCCGAGGUCAGGGACACAGAACGUGACAAUGAUGAGGGAAGCCAGAAGUCAAGGAUACUGGAAAUCAGGGGAGUCAAAACGCAGCCAAAGUCAAAUACCAGAAAAACACAAUUAGGAACACACUCUCAGAUAACCAGCUAGUGGAAACCACGGCAGGGCACGGUUUGGGUUUAAAUAACCCUCCUUAGGCUGUAAUUUAUUUUCCACCAAACCUUUUAUGAACCAGUGUUGUUUCCCUGAAACUCAAACCAGACCUCUUCCUUGUCAUUAUGAUAAUGUUGCAGUACUGCAGUGUCCAUAGGAACCCAUCAAAAUUUGAACAACUAUAUAAAGUUGCGCAUAGUGUCUAAGCUGCAAAAGUGCGUACAUUCCACCAUUGUUUACAUGUUAUCGUCAUCCAAAUUUGGACACAAUUGUUAGGUUAAUUUUGAUCCAGGAUGGGUUUUAGGUACCGAUUAUUGCUGAACAAUAUUGGACGGAUUUGUGUGUAUAUAUAAUGCAGAAUGACCAACACGUUGAGCACUGCUGAUGCACCCAUCUAUGAGAGGAAAUAUUUCAUCUCAAGUACUUGGCGAACGCAUUUAAACAUUUACUUGGGUUUCAUUUUGCACCAGCCCUCCCGUCAUUGGCUCACAGAGCUGCUCUAUCGAGUGAUUGGACAUUUGUCUGCAACUUAUAUUCACACCGAGUGUUCUACUACAGAGAGGUCAGAUUUUCAGUGCUGGGAGACAUAUUAUUUUGUUGCUAAAACAGUGUGAGGUCUGUUUAUUCGAACAGUACUCUGUUUAAUGCUUUAAGUUUAUUAAAGGGACACUAUAGUCACCUGAACAACUUUAGCUUAAUGAAGCAGUUUUGGUGUAUAGAACAUGCAGCCUCACUGCUCAAUCCUCUGCCAUUUAGGAGUUAAAUCCCUUUGUUUAUGAACAUUAGUCACACCUCCCUGCAUGUGACUUGCACAGCCUUCCAUAAACACUUCCUGUAAAGAGAGCCCUAUUUAGGCUUUCUUUAUUGCAGUUCUGUUUAAUUAAGAUUUUCUUAUCCCCUGCUAUGUUAAUAGCUUGCUAGAGCCUGUAAGAGCCUCCUGUAUGUGAUUAAAGUUCAAUUUAGAGAUUGAGAUACAAUUAUUUAAGGUAAAUUACAUCUGUUUGAAAGUGAAACCAGUUUUUUUUUCAUGCAGGCUCUGUCAAUCAUAGCCAGGGGCGGUGUGGCUAGGGCUGCAUAAACAGAAACAAAGUGAUUUAACUCCUAAAUGACAGUGAAUUGAGCAGUGAAAUUGCAGGGGAAUGAUCUAUACACUAAAACUGCUUUAUUUAGCUAAAGUAAUUUAGGUGACUAUAGUGUUCCUUUAAAUCUUUUUAACGUGUAAAUAUUAUCCUAUGUAUCGUCCCAUGAAUGCAGCAUAUGUAUGGUUUAAUGGCAAAAUCAAUAAACAUAAGAUUAUUUAGGUAGGAACAAGCCAACUGGUUAUUGUUUAUUUUCUUUAAAAAAAAAAAAUUGUUUUUGUAAAACUUUAUUGUUCUCAAUAAAGAGAAGAUACAACAUAACCGUUAGAAUCCACAGAAGCAUUUGAGGCAGGUGACAAAAAAAAUGUAUCCACAGGCAUUUGGCACACCAACACAUCUUCCAAGCAAACUUCUUAAAUCCGGAUCAGGAAACUGGAAAACCAUGAGAUGAAACCUACCAUGUGUAUAGAUAAAUCUAGAAGUAUCAGGUUCUAAGCAGCCAGGAUAUCAGCGGUACAGAUAACAAUACAGAUAACAUGACUGUUCAAAGAUGUAGAAAAAAAACAACAAAUCUAUUAAUGCAUUCCUUUGUUACAUUAUACUGAUGGCUAAUUACACUGAUCUUACAAUGAUAGCACAUUUUGACACAGCAGAUAAUUCUAAAUAUUUCUAAUAAUGAUUUGCCCAACCAUCGGUCCUGCUAUGGUAGGUCAUUGCUUCUAUAUAAGAUCAUGUUUUUAAAUGGAUUUUUCUCUCCCAGCCUCUUAUUGUCUCACUUUAUAAUAAGCUCUGUGUAUUAGAUCAGACUGAUCCACACCACGCUCGCAGUUUUAUCAAUGUAUGUAUCAUUCCGACUACAUACAGGAUAUUGCACCGCUGAACCUUAUAAAAAAAAAAGUUUAUUAAUCCCCGAGGCUGUAAUAAUAGCAUAUUUAUAUAUAGGGAUGUAAAGUAGCUAUGGCUGUGAAUAACAUUAAGAAAAAAUGGAAACGUUCGUUUUUGUAAUUUCGGUUUCAUUUAUUUUCAUGUUUGUAAUUAUCUUAUUGAAUGUAGCAAAGGUUGUAAUGUUGGGUCUUUUUUAUUAUAUCUGUUAUAUUUAUUUGUUUGUCUCUUGCCGUGUGUCACACUGGAGCACACUGUAUUAAAAUGUAGCAAUCUUUAUUAGAAAUAUCAUAAAAAUACAUAUUAUUAUUAUUAUUAUUAUUAUUACUGGCAUUUAUAAAGCUCCAACAUAUUCCGCAGCGCUGUACAGUUGGGAAAGACAACACAAUUAGAACAGACUAAUACAAAAGGUAGAGGGUUCUGCAUGUGUGUUUACAAUCUAAAGGUUGAACUGAGGAGAUGAGACAAGAGGUAGCAGAGGGAUGUGUAUGUGAUGGCAGAGAGAGAUAAUGGUAUAACUGCAGCAGCUGAUACAUUAUCCAAAAAUAACAUAUAUAUAUAUAUAUAUUAUUCAAAUAAUCAAUGGAAAAAAUGCAAAAUGGAUAUAUGCACAAAAGUGAGAAAAUAGACUUGAGUAAUUGAACACAAAUAAUAGACAGGAGAGUAAUUGGGUUACCAAAUAAAAACUGCUCCCUAAUAUUCCAACACAAAGCCUUUGACAAAGUGUUUGGUAUUCAGUAUAAGCGCUAACAGUGGUAGCAUAGAAAGAUGUAUACAGAGGUCUCAGAGUGUAAGGACAGUUUACCUUCUCCCUGGAUGAAGUGCAAGCUGGAGAGGCUACCUUUUAAGUUUUCACAGCAGCCAGAUAUCCCAGAGAGGACCACGUCCAUCCAGAAUGUGCACUAUAAUACCAUGCUGCCCAUGGCUGGGUGCAAUACAAGCAGAGUUUCAAAGCUGAUUGGCCUACUGUCAGACAAGUAAACUAUUUUACUCAAAAAAACAAAAAACAAAACAUAGGCUGAGGCUAGUGGGAGUUACAUUUAUAUAAUGAUAUGAUGAGGCAACUGAGUCUGAUAAGAAUAUUUUUUCUCUUUUAAUUAGAAAUCCAGAAAUUUCAGUAAAUCCAUGUUUCUUUGAGACGUUUUAAACUGGAGGUUUGUCCUCUGAGAAGCAUUUGAUUGGACAAUGCCCAAUAGUAACAAGGAAGUAGGUGCUGACCAAAGAUGGGGUUUAUCUUAAUUGGUAGCAAAGGUUGGUUCUACAAUGAAUACAUUACUAUAAACAUCACAUCCAGCGCACUCACCCAUCCACCAAACGGCAACUUCAUUCAAAGCUCACAGAAUGCAACAGUCCUACCCCAGCAACCUGCAAUACCUGAUUUUAUAAGCUUUAUUCACUUAUUUUGGAGGGGGUGGGGGAGAGAGAGAGAUUGUUUAAUAUUAUUAUUUUUUUAUAUUUCUUACAAACCCGUACACAUUAAAACAUAAGCACUUUUGGACAUUGUUUCCCUUUUAAGUAGCACUGUUCCUGUCAUGGUAUUGUCAAUGUUUCCUCCGUUUAUUCUGCGCACGUUUCUCGGGUCCAGGCUGAGAUAACCAACCACAUUUAUCAGCGGAUGGAGAUGCUAAAAGAACAAGGGCUCUAAUUGGAAAGGCUUCUGAAAUUAAAGCAGAUUCCCAUGUCCAAUAUAAAUACUGAAAUAAUUAAUUUCCUUAGAGAGGAAAAAAAAUGAAUAAAAAAGGGCAAAUCAAAGUCAUGUUGAACAAUGAAAUUCGUGAUUCCGCCCUGAAAGUAAAAAAAAAUAAAAAAUUAAACAACCGCAAAAUAUAACCUAUAAAUAAAAAAUAAACCGGUUUUAGUGAUUCUGUUACAAUACCGAAAUUUAUCAAUUUGUUGCACACAUUAUUACGGUACGUCAAACUUUUGGCACAAUUUAGUAAAUCUGAUGGGUUUUUUUGUUUUUUUUUACUUUCUAACCAAUUUUUUGGAGAAUACGCAAUUUUUUUCAGUGAGGCAAUAGAUUUGUCAUUGUUUUAUCAUUCUUUCAAAUAGAGUAUUGUUCUGUUUCACUUUUUUUUCUUUUUUACAACACUAUAAAUUUGGUUUUCUUAAAUGGAAUUAUCAGCAAAAAUAGCUUGAAUUUACUAUAAAUAAAACCUUUUAGAAUCCUUUAAACCGUGUAAUUUUCUUUCUCAAAUUUGGUGAAAAAAAGUGUUUUCUUUGCCAGCAGGGCUAGCGUGAACAGGAAAUCUGCAGGAUAGCAAUGCAAAGAAACAUAAAUAAGUGUGAGCCUGUGGAAAUCGUGGGAUGCAUACAAUUAUACAAGUAGGUUCUGCUCGCGGAAAUGGUGGAACCCGGUCAAAUAUUAGACUUGUGCCUUCAGUUUCAAACAAAUUGCGAUUUAUCUAUAUUAUGUGAUUGACGGGUCAUCCGAAUCACAAUUCUAAAUAUAGGUGUUUUUUGGGGAGGGGCGGGGGGGUUCACUGCUCUUCCUCAUUUUUUUUAAUUUACAUUUUUUAAAUUUUUUAUAAUGCUUUAUUUUAUCGUGCACGAACAAUACAAAUAGGCAGGCAAUGCCACAACAGCUGUCGCUUGCAUUUAGGGCAACAUUGAAAAAACAUUUGUUUGGCAUAUCUAAACAUCGCACAUUUUAUGUUCUAUUGUAGAAUCGCCGAGAAUUGGAUCGACACGUCAGUUAUAAGAUAAGGCAGACGACAUACUAAUUCAAAUUUACAUACUGACUUUUCGUGAAAUUAGAGGGUCACAAGCUUAUUUAAGGCUUAUCUUUCUUAUGUGUGUUUAAAAAAAAAAAAAAAAACACAAAGAAGAAAAAGCAUAGCUAAACAUAAGGUAAACAAUCUAGGUAACUGCUUUAAGAAGGUACAUUAUGUUCAUCUAUAAGCCUGUCGUAAGCAAUCAUGUACAUAUUAUAAUCAUCAUUUUCUGUUAGAGUAAGAACAAGAGGUACCCAUUGCAGGGCCGUAUAGACAAGAUUGAUAAUGCUGGGUAAAGCUUAAGCACUGCAAAUAGAGUUAAUUGCUCAGAGUAUAUAGUGAAACAAGUAGCGUAGUUAAUGCUUAUAUGAAGUAGUGUCCACUGAGACUAAUCCUAAGACAUUACUUAUAUGGCAAAAUAAACUUUGAGAGACAACAGGCACAAAGAAAAUACAUUGCUUGCUCAUAAUGCCUAAGCAUCAUGUUUUUAAAGUGGGGACUCCAGUUUAAGAGGAGCUUUACUGGUCAGUGAUCUGUUCAGUCAGCCGGUACUCAGGUCUGGGUAGACCGGUGUGGAGUCUGCACUGGUAUCGGUAGAGCAGUGUGUGAGGCUUUGGUUACUAAAGGAUUCAUAGUGGGAACAUUACUCUAGCCGGAGUCAGUGAGGUGGGGAUUCCGUAGGGCCUAUAGAUGAGUCAAACUGAUUGUCGGCUGUGCAAGAACCAAUCCCCGACUCAGUCCUUAUUGUUCAGCCAAUGCCGGUCCUGGAGGCCUGGCAGAUGCGCCGGGAGUAAGGGCAGGUGUGUCGACUCGGCAGGAUUCUGUCUCCAUUAGUCCCAGUGCGGAGAGGAAGCAUAUUUAAUGAGGAAUGCAGAGUCCCCGUUGUGUGUGUCAAUUGUGAAAGUGCCCCAUGUUGCCAUUUUGGGCCUCGCGCAUCGCCAUCUCCAUACACUAUUUGGUGGCGCUGUGUUCUUACGUGGCCCGUUCCCAGUCACUGCUUGCCGGUGCUGUAGUCUUGGGCUUGGUCGCUCCCGUGGCCCUGAGAGCCGAUUUCGGGCUGCCGCUGUUGUUGAUGAGGCUCCAGGAGCCUGAUCUUGAGAUAGCACCUCUACAGAGCUGGCCUUUCAUGCGUGUGGAGCCUGUGGGAGUUUCUGCAUCCUGCUGUGUGACCACCUGUGCCGGGCUUUGUAGCUUACCCUCUGUCUGGGUCUACAGGUCGGAAGGUUGCAUACAGGCCUCUAGCUUCUUCCAGAAGGAGCUGCAAAUUGCGGCUAGUCGGAACUCUGUUUCUGCCGUGGUGUGGGAGGCCUCCGCCGGUUUAUAAGUCUCACCAGGAUCCACAGGACGUUGUGUCUGAGUUGCUGUCUCGCCACCUAGCUGGGGGAUCAAGUGAGGGUAGACUGGGAUAACACUUGCCGGUCCAAGGGGGAGGGGGAAAGAGGGCCCAGAGACGUGUACCAGGCUGGUCGAAGAAGCAGGAAAGCGGCCAUCUUCCCCGUGCCCGCCAUGCUGGUAGGCCUCACCGUGAUUUCGGGUGCACCUUUGUUACUUUGUCGCUUAAGUGGUGCCUGUGCGUUUGCCCUGGUAUCUCCAGUCACUUGGUGGCCUUCGUGUGCCAUUUCAAUGUUGUUUUGGUGUCUGGAAUCCGCUAUUUUUGCCCCAAAUAGCAGGAGCUGGUGAGGCAAGCACCCUCUCAGCUCAGCAGUCAGGCCCCACCCCCCUCCUUUUUUGCCAGUGGUUACUUCUUCGAACUUGAUCGGUGACCCAAAUGGCCUGAAUAUUGGCCCAUCAGUACUAUUUAGUAAUAUUUAUAUAUUUGUCAUGCUCUUUUGUUAGUCCAAAUCACUUUUCCUGAAUAGUUUGCAAAGCUGGAAAAUACUUAAACUAAAAUGCCACUGAUGAAUCUCUGACUACCAGUAAAUUGUUUUAAAAAAUUUUUACGGACAAGUUGAUUAGGCCGAACUGCAUUUUAUAUAGUCACAAGUUUAAUAAAGAUUAAAAUAUCGGAAAUCAACCAUCGCUACUCAGAACACUUUGACAACUAUUAUUUUACAAAUCAAUAAAAAAAAAAUCAAUCUAAUUGAGCCCCGACCCACAGCAAAACCAAGUUUUACCAAAUUUAAAAUGGUACUGUCACUUCUGCAUUUUGCAUUAUUAUAGGAUCCAAAUGUUUUGCAUUGGAGUGUCAUUGAAAAGAUCAGCUCAAUGAAAAUAUACCAUAAAACAAAGUAGAGACCACUUUGUGGUUUUUUUUUUUUUGGUUGUUUUUUUUUUUUUACGUUCGAGUAAAUAUUUGGAAAAUUGGAGCAAAAUGUGGAGCUUCAAAUGUCUUCCACCUGCCAUACUCCCGAUGGCUGGUGGGUUAAGUUACAUUAUUUUUAUACUCCCCAGUUGCUGUUUUAUCAUGUUUUCUCAACUUGGUCUGAAACCACAUGAGUAUCUGCAAUGUGAUCACCGUCCAAAAAUAUCAGAACUUUUUUCUGCCGGUAAUUCCACUAAAGUUAUUAAAUAUUGACUUAGAACUGAGCUUAAAGAGACUUAACAUUUUGCUGAUUUUUGGAGUAACUCCAUUGAUGUCUUAAAGGGAAACAAUAGUGCCAGGAAAACAAUGCUGCCUAUAGUGACCACUUACCCGUGGUGGAGAAGUGGUUAAAAACCCCUUUUGUCACUUACCUUUUUCCAGCACUGAUGUCCCUCCAUCUUCACUCCUAAUGCACAUGCGCAGCAAUGGCUGAGCUAGCAUUAAGACUUCCUCCAUUGGAAAGCAUAUAUAAUACUUUCCUUUGGGAGUUUGGGUGACGCUGGAUUUACCUUUGCAGGGUUAAGGGACCUGAGACUAUGCGCCAAGACCACUUCAAUUAGCUGAAGUAGUCUGGGUGCCUAUAGGUUCCAGAUUCCUCCGUUUAACUGAAUUUCUAGUGAAGACAUCUUCUCAUUUAUAAAGUAAUUCUUGUGUAGAAUUUCAUAGAUCAAUAAUUUGUGAGAAAUAUGGCAAUAGAAUGCUAAAAAUGACUAUAUAAAUCUCAGUAUAAAAUUCUCAUUUAUACAUUGUAUCAGGUCACCAAAUUGUUCUAAUUCAUGUUAUCUGACUUUCUGUUCCAUCCGAAGGGAGAAUGAAGAAAUGCCAGCCAAGCCAGCAGAUGAAGGAAGCCCCAGUUCUCGAUUUUCUAGCCUCCCACCGGGAAAUGGACCGUGGUAAUGGAAGUGACUGCAGUGUGGGUAACAUCAUGCAGGUACUACAAACAUACCUGUCCGGGCAUACAGAAUAAUGAGCGAUUUAACAUUACCAACCUUUAUAAUCUCAUUAUAAAACUACACUAGAAUCAUCGGACAUUACCAGACUGUGUGAUCCGAUGUUACCAUUCUAGAGAAACAUAACGUAAACUCAGAUGGCUGGCUGCACUUAUUGUGUGAAAUAAUCCAGAUCAGGUGUAGGCAACCUUUGGCAUUCCAGAUGUUGUGGACUAAAUCUCCCAUUAUGCUAUUACAACCAUAAUACUGACAAAGCAUUGUGGGAGAUGUAGUCCAAAACAUCUGGAGUUCUGAAGGCCUACUCCUGGUCUUGAUUCAUAAAAGGAAAAAAUUAUCAGUCCUGACUCCAUAAUAAGGGGGAGCGGGCAUAGCUUAUUAGGGCUCAUCCGUAAUAUUGGGGGGAAGCUUGCAUUACCAGUGCUGAGCCAUAAUAAGGGGGACGAUCUUGAAUGACCCAUUCUAAGGUAUAAUUACCCCCUUUACUGGUGUAAAACCAGAUAAAAUUUCACAGGGAGCAUCUGAGUCUACAAGCCCUGUACAGGCACAUCAACACAGUCACAGAAACCCAUGAAAGAAACAGUUCUAGCCCCAAACUAUUUACAAUAUAUUAAUAGACUGAAAACCAGGACUAUCAUUUACUUCACGAAAACAGCACCACAGGGAGCCAUAUAAAAUCAAUUCCCCACACAGAUACACCAUUUAAAAACCCAUCAGUGUCCAGUGCCGCAGCGAUAGUCUGGCAGACCAUAUGGGCGCACCACAAACUCUACAAAAGGUAACAAUUUGUAUCAUCAAAGCGGAAUAAUACGUAACCGUAGUAAUCACAAUUCUUGGUUUUAAUAUUUAUAACCCACGGUAAGACAGGAACGUCAGAUCUAGAUUUAUAUUAAACCAUUCGAACAACCAUUCUGAGAAAAAGCUAAAUAUCCUUUUCAGGAAUACAGUGCAAAUGCCAGCCUCAGAAUUGUAACAAAAUGUAACUUUUCAAAGGAUAAAUUCAUUAAAAAUAAUUCCUUAUUGAAUGUUUAAGAAAUUGGAAUUCUCAAGGUCCCCUUUACAGAGGGGUUGGCUUCACUUUAUUCCAUGUUCUGAUGGUACAUACUACAGUUUAGAAACAAAUGCAGUGGUUUAGGGGCACAGCAAUAGCUUCUGGGAGUUGUAGUUCAAUUGUUAGCAUUCUGCUGUAGAAAACUAAUAAUUAAACUUCAACACCCAGAAACCAUGAAUUCCUGAACUGCAGAAUGUUUGGAACAAAUGGGGGGAAAAAAGACUGCGGGAUGGGAGGGAAGGACAGAGGAGAUGGGCUCUUGGAGCGAAACAAAUAUUUUAUUUUAAUGGUAUAUUUAAGAGCACAUAUUGACUUAAAGGGAUAUUAUAGUCACCAGAACAACUACAGCUUAAUGUAGUGGUUGUGGUGUCUAUAGCCUGUCUCUGCAGAAAAGGCAGUGUUUACAUUGCUCCCUAGGGACAUCUCUAGUGGCAAUCACUCAGACGGCCACUAGAGUUGCUUCCUGGCAUUCAGCAUCACUAUGCUCUGUAUGAAGGAGCGGAACAUUCCCCAUUGCUAUGCAUUGAUUCAAUGUACCUCUAUGAGGAGUGCUGAUUUGUGCAGCCAUGGAGACGGAGCCAGCCGUGGCGAGACGGGCAUGAGUAAAAUCACCUUUCCAAAGUGAGGCCUGAGACCUAAACAACCAUUCCAGGAUUAUAGUGACAGGAAUACAUUUGUUUUGUAUUCCUGGCACUAUAAUGUGCCUUUAAUUAAUUUUUUUUUUUUUUUUUUAAUGAGGAUUUUGUAUAAUAACAAUUGCUGUUGGCUAAUACUGGAAUCCUGGACUGUUCUUUAAAGGACCACUAUAGUGCCAGGAAAACACUUGUUUUCCUGGAACUAUAGUGCCCUGAGGGUGCCCCCACCCUCAGGGUCCCACUCCCGUGGCACUGAAGGGGGAGGAAGGGGUUAAUCCCUUACCUUAUUUCCAGCGCUGGGACUCUCCUCCCUCUUCUUCCGUCAUCGGCUAAUGCGCAUGCGCGGCAAGAGCCACGCGCACAUUCAGCCAGUCUCAUAGGAAUGCUUUCUCAAUGCUUUCCUAUGGACACUGGCGUCUUCUCACAGUGAGACACGGGGAAGCGCCUCUAGCGGCUGUCAAUGAGACAUCCACUAGAGGCUGGAUUAACCCUCAGUGUAAACAUAGCAGUUUCUCUGCAACUGCUAUGUUUACAGCAAAAAGGGUAAAACCUAGCUGGACCUGGCACCCAGACCACUUCAUUAAGCUGAAGUGGUCCUUUAAAUUCUGAACAGCAACGUAAAAUAUGAUCUGUGAUAAAACUGAGCCUAAAGAGGGAGCGGAAUUUUUGCCUUUUUUUAGGGGAGGGGGUGACAUUCGUUUAAACUGUAUAUAUCUGAUAAGUUCUAUUUUAUGCAUGAAAAAUAUAUAACACGUACUCCUUAUGCGACCUGACAAUGUAGGCAGUUUCAUUUCAGAUGCUGGCAGUCAUGGCUGCCAAAUAUUUUUCCAUCAGCCUGUAGAAACAGACCUAGUGUCAUUGCUUUCUCCUCGAUCCUAGCUGUGUACAAAGCAUCGCUUUGUGUCCCCUACUAAUAAAUCUCUAAUCACAUCUGUGACAUUAUUUCCUGGCUGUCCUUUUCUUUUUGUGCUUUUUAUUCCCCUCUCUUCCACUUCCUAUUAAUGAAAUACAAUGGCCGCUCAGUGUGCACCGCAUGCCUCGGCCAAAACCAUUGGUUACCGAAUGGUUAGUUCACACCGUAACAUUUUCAGAUAAUCAAGGAUAACCUUUGUUAGUUUCUCAAAAAGACUGCAUUGCAUGCAAUAAGCAAAGCUCUAUGAAUAAAAAAAAAAGAAAAAACAUUUAUGCUCAUUUUCUUAAAAAAUUUUUUUUUUUCUGUUUUCAGCAGGCACCAGAUUCUAGCUCAUUAGUAAAUCGUCUGCACUCUUCCACGUCCUCCUACCCCCGAAAUGAGAAGGGAUGGAAGAAGAAAGAUUUCUAGGACUGUAAAAUACCUCCUUCUUACCUUCGAAACCACUCCAGUUGGCUUAUAGAACCAUUAAUACAGAUGCAGACACAAUUUCACUAUACCAUGCUGGACUGAAUUGGCAUUGUCCAGAGGAGCUUGACGUCUUCUGAAGAACAAUGAUGUGCCAUUCAGUGAAGUUAGAGUGCUGAAAACCACCAGUGAUAUGGCCAUAAUAAUGCAGAAUCCACCAGAAUUUUAUUUAUUUCUAUGCUGUAUCCAAUACCAUCCAAAGAUAUUUGAGUAUGACCAAGAGAAUAAAAUAUAAGAAUCCAGAGAUUUACUUUGCGGGAAAACACAUUUUAAAUUCAGUUUUGAACACUGAUAUUUUAUUCUUAUUAUAACGAUAAUCAUUAUGUUUAAAAAAAAAAAAAGAAAAAAAAAGUGGCAUUUGGAUGGUGGUUUUAAAUGUAUAGGGGAUGCACAAUGGUUGCGCACUGUAGGGUAGAUGGCAAUGUUGAAUAGAUGGACAGGUGGCACCUAAUAAAAUUAGAGAACUUUUAAUACCGUACUUGAGCAGGAAAUUAGAUCAAGAUUUAUUUUAUUUAAAAAUAAAAAAAUAUUUUUAAAAAUGUAAAAAAAAAAAAAAAAAAGAUGUGGACUAGACCUCGUGGAUGGGCUGAUAGUGUUUUGUCUUUUCGUGCUUUGAGUGAAGAAACAUGAAUAAAAAUACUAUUUCUAGCGUAAAAGAAGUUUGUAUUUUAAUUUUAUGUGUUGGAGUAUUUCUGUAGUUGAUUAUAUUAUAUUAAUAUUGCAAACAUCAGCACAAGAAAAAAAAAUCUCGGUAGUUUUAUUGUGCAAAGUUGUAAAUCGAUAAAGUAAUUUCUAUGCGGCAGGUCAUUUUUUUUUUUUAUAAUUCUUUAUUUUUGAGUGCAUAAAGAGAAAGCAGUUACAUAUGUGUUUGUCAUGCCCCAAGAGCAUGUACUCACUAUAUAACAAUAAACGACGAUUCAAUAGAGCAUGACAUGGGAACACAGUGCACAUUUUUGUGUAUGAUGACAUGAAAACUAUUUUUCAGCAUAAGUAGUUAUGAGAGGAGGUACGAACUUGCAAGCAACAGCAUGGUAUGAUAGUUAGAUAACAUUACAUAGAAAAAGGCUGAUUUACAGGUCUAUCCGUAAGAGGCAAGACCCAGUCAUAACAUUCUCAUAACUAAACUUGUUAGAAGGAAAAAGGAAAAUAAAAAGAUAAACAUCAGUGAUAUAGCAUUUAGGACAUUUGGAUAUUACAUGCACAUUUUUAAGGGGUUAAGUUGAGUAGGUACUAGCUAGAGAGACAAUACGUGUUAGGCAUUCGUAAGGCAUUAGCUAAUAGCACGAUUUUGAUUAGGUUUAGAGUAGGUUCAGAUUAAUGAGACAUUAGCAAUAGGAGAAGACCACUGGUGUCCCGGUAUUGAAGCCCCACAGUCCCCCGAGCACAGUACUUUUGUGUUGGAUGUUAUGUGCAUGCUUGUUAGUCCCGCCAAUUAACAAGUUUCCCUUUCGCCGCUGGUUCCGUUGUGGGAAGCGACCGCAGCCUGUCAGCAGGUUUCCUGCAACUGGGGGCGUCCGGUGAGUGCCCUUUCGCUUGUACUAGGCUUCGCGUGAGCCUUCAGCCUGUGUCCGCUUCUCUGUCGCUGCUAGUGGUCAGUAACGGUCUGUGUAUUCGUUGGGCUGCGGUGUGAGGGGCAACCUCGCAGGCGGCCGCGGGGACCAGUCCUGGUCUCUGGGUGCCCAGGCUUGGGAAUCCAUGUGCUCCAUCAGGCGCUGGUGUAGUGAGGAAGUCCGGAGGUAGGUGCGUCUGGCGGUACCUCGCAUUGACGGUCGGUCUGUGCCCAGGGCUGACCUCGAGGCAGCCAUUUUGUGGUAAAACUCCGGGUUCCGAGAGCAUGGGAGGCGCAAUGUGAGCGGUGGUGUCGGAUCCCUCCAGUGGGGACCGGGAUAACCCCCGCCGGUCCAUAGGGGGGGAACGGGACCCGUGAGGAGUGCUUCAGUGCUGCUGCGUGGUUGCUAGAGUUGGAGACAGGACGGCGGCCGUCCAUCCCGCUCCCCUCCCGCGUAGGCCGCAGGCCCCAAAGUUUCUUGCAGCCUUCAGGGGCCUCAAAACUCCUGAUCUUGGGGUCAGCAGUAGCGCCCACAGCUGCCUGUUCACUGUGCUGCAUUUCUGGCUGUGAUGUGCCAUGUUUUGCAUUCUAAAGGGCCAGAUUGUGCAGGAGCCUCUCCCGCAUGCGACCGGUCAGCAUGGCGGCCAGGCCCCGCCCCCCGCGGCAGGUCAUUUUACCAAUUUACCCAAGUAUAUGUAUCAAUUGCUUUACGGUUCAAUAUUUUUAAGUUCUUAAAGAGACUCUGUAGGCGCUGUAGCUGCUUAAUCUGGUGGAAGUAGUUAUAGUGCAUAGAAUACCCUGGCAGCGUCCUUAUGAUUAAUGUUAACACACAUAUGUACAUCUAUAUAGUUUAAUGCGUGACGACCGUCCCCAGCAGCCCACUUUUUCGGAGUUGCUUGGGCUAAUAAGGAGGCAUUAGUCUAUGCAUCAAAGAGUGCUGGCGAUUGGCCAGAGAUCCUCAUUGACUGUUUAACUGCUCGAAAAUGGUUUAACACUGACUGGAGAGACAGUGCCAGGGGACUGUAAGCACUAUAACAAAUUCAAUGCCUACAGUGUCACUUUAAGUGCCAAUUUUUUUUCCUCUUCGCACACAACGAAUGCAUUACCCAAUGGCAACUGGUUCACUACUAAAUCCUCGCUGCACUCUAUACCGAUGGCAUAAAAGCCUGCCAGUCAGGCUUGUUACAGACAUCAUCAAAAACGUACGGAGCAAGAGACAAUAUAGCAUUGUUCUACACAAUUUGCAACAACUAGAUCAAUAUUGGCAAUUUUACACCUCUUCCCCCAAUGCUUCUAUGUUUUACUUAAAACAAUGUCUGACCCUCCACCCUAUCCAGAACAGCAUUAUCACAUUUCUCUCUGAAUCUGACUGUUUGUUACUUUAAAUUGUUAACCCAUGUUUUGACAAGAAAAUGUAUUUUUGAAAUAGCCUUGGCUGACUUAGUAAAAGCCCAAUUUAAAACAGUAGGUGUUUUCAGCUGUUCACCGAGCAAUCAGUCUCUAUAUUGAAUUACCCCAUGAAUGCAAUCAGAAGCAUUCUCCGGACGGUCGUAUUAAUAACAAAAUAUUUCCAGAGAGUAAGAAUGUAACAAACGUAAAUGUAGGAAAUAUAUACUUAUAAUUUAACUUUUUUAGGGGGGUUAUAUUGACCAAAACUCUCUAGUUUUAAGCCUUUUUUCCCGGCAAUUAUUACUAAAUAUUUCCCAUGAUAUCUCUCUGACAAGAUUUUAGUUCAAGAAGAAAUAUUCAACUGUGGAUUUGAAAAAAGGUUCCUCAUUUUACAUCUGUGAUUUUUGGGCUGAAGUUUGGAGAUGAAGUGCUUAUCCGCUAAACAAGACACUGAAAAGAGAAUUACAAAUUUUAUGCCAGAUGUUCCAAUUUUGAAAAAUGUCUUCAACAUGGGUAUUUACAUUAUAUGCACUUAUAAAUUCUCAAUAAGCCUCUGUUCUGUUAUUAUACCACAAACUGUUUGAUAAAGGGUCUUGUUUUGUCUUUUCUGUUCCAUUUUAAAUCCAUCCCCACAACUCUGUUGGUUUUUGCAUAAUAUUUACUGUGAAUUUCGAAGAAAAUGUGUGGUUCAUAAGUUAACAGUUUUAUCUUCAGAUAGAGGAGAUGUAAUGCACUGUUAAUAAACUUAUGAUCACACCUGUACACUCCACUACCUUUAAUUUGAACACUUUUAAUAAUUUAGGAAUGCGAACACCACUUUAGGCUUGGCAAAAUCUUAUAUGGAAACGCAUUUAAAGCCCUUGGGACAAAAGGUUUGUUCUCUAAUAAAUGUGUUUUUAUAAUUAUACACUUAUAAGGAAUUCCAAAACAAAAUCAUCUCUAGCUGUUAUACUUUGGGUGUUCCCAUUAACGGUUUGAGAAAGAGUUUAGCAGAGUUAUUCACUUCACACAUUCAAGUGAGAAUUCAAAUUUCCACAGAGUCAGACUUGGUUAUUAAAUCAAAUCCUUCUCACAGAGAGGAUUUGAUUGGCACAGUGUGGCAAUUUUGCUAAGCAUGUGAACUAGCCUCCCAAUACUUUACUAUGGGGAAGCAUUGGAUUGGCCGAGAUCAUCAAGACUGAUCUCAGCCAAUGACGUGUGCAGCAGGACUUGUUCUGUAAACAAUAGAGAGGAGUAAAAAAUUAUUUAUUGCUUGGGGGGGAGAAUGUUUGUUUAUACAAUAAUUUGAGAAAAAG